AUGUGAGAGGAGAGCCGGAUCAGUCUAGUGCAAGACUUUGAGCCGAAGACCCCGUCGCAAAAGCCUUGGCAUAAGGCAGGGGAGAAAUACCUGCAGAGCUGUGGCAUCUGGCAGCCAUGGCCACGGCCAAUAUGAAGUUACUACUCUUUCUAGUCGUUUGGAUAACACUCGCGUCUUGUGCGAGUAGCCAAGGUGGAGUAGGAUUUGGAAUAAAACGAGAGAUCUUCUUCCUGAACCUGGAGGAUGGCUACUUUGGUUGUCAGGUCAACGAGUCAACCACAGUGCUGCAACUCUUUGAGUUGUCGCAUUUGUGCGACGGGACUCCGAAUUGCUUCAUGGGCUCUGACGAGCUGAGCAAGGAGCUCAAAUGCACAAGCGACUGUAAGUCAGAAAAAGGAAUCGAGUGCCAGAACGGAGCGUGCCUCGAUUCCCAGUGCCACUGCAACGAUGGCUAUGGCGGUUGCAGCUGCGAAGUACCUGACGAAAACGAGUGCAAAUAUCGUCCCUGCGACGUGUUCGCCCACUGCACAAACACUUUGGGCAGCUUCCAUUGCACUUGUUUCCCAGGGUACAGAGGCGACGGCUUCCACUGCGAAGACAUCAACGAAUGUGAUGACCCCGCAGUGGCAGCUAGGUGCGUGGCCAACGCAGAGUGUUGUAACCUGCCGGCGCACUUCCUUUGCAAGUGUCUGCCCGGCUUCGAGGGUGACGGAGAGGUUGCCUGCACAGACAUCAACGAGUGUGCGCGGGCCAACGCCUGUGGUCUCAACGCUCUGUGCCAGAACACACCAGGAAAUUACACCUGCGCGUGUCCUGAGGGCUUCCAAGGCAACCCUUACGAUGGGUGCGUGGACGUGGACGAGUGCCAGAGCAAAAGGGCGUGCGGAAAGGGCGCGAUUUGCUUCAACGAACUCGGUGGAUACAGGUGCGAGUGUCCACAGGGUUCCGAGGUCGAUGCCAGGACCGGCGAAUGCACGGACAUGGACGAGUGUGCGCGCAGCCCUUGCGGAAGGGACGCCCUGUGCUCAAACAUGCCCGGCAGCUUCAAGUGUGCCUGUCCUCCAGGCUACAAGGGCGAUCCGAUGGUGUCUUGUUCUGAUGUGGACGAAUGUGCAAACAACCCUUGCGGAAAGGGUGCCGAGUGCACCAACAUGGAUGGUGGGUACAAAUGCAUCUGUCCGGCUGGCUACUCAGGCAUCCCUGAGAAGGAGUGCGUGGACAUCAACGAGUGUGGCCGUCCUAACUCGUGCGGCGUCAACGCAAAAUGCAUCAAUCUGGAGGGAUCCUACCAGUGUGUCUGUCCCGAGGGAUUCACUGGACAGGGCCACUUGUUCUGUGAAAACGUGAACGAAUGCAAGGAUAGGCCGUGCGGAGCCAAUGCUAUCUGCACCGACACUAUUGGCAGUUACACUUGCACCUGCAAAGAAGACUACACUGGAGACCCAUACAAAGGAUGUGUCGACAUCGACGAGUGCCAAGUUUACGAUCGACCUUGUGGCUCCAACGCCAUAUGCGAAAACGCAGCGCCAGGCUACAACUGCCUGUGUCCUCAGGGCUACACAGCCAAACCGAGCCCUGACGUCGCGUGCGAGCAAGUGGACGUCAACAUUUUGUGCCAGACCAACUUCGACUGCGUCAACAACGGAGAAUGCGUCGAAGGCCAAUGCUUCUGUCGCGAGGGUUUCGUGGCACAGGGUGCUAUUUGCGUCGACAUCGACGAGUGCCAUGCCAACCCUUGCGGACCGUUCGCCAGCUGUUCCAACACCAUCGGCGGCUACCACUGCGAAUGCGAGGCUGGCUACGUCGGUGCUCCACCCAGGAUGCAUUGCAAAGCGCCCUGCGACGAUGUCAAGUGCGGACAGCAUGCCUUCUGCAAACCUGAUGGACAAGAAGCCUAUUGUAUUUGUGAAGAGGGAUGGACUUACAACCCUAGCGAUAUUGGUGCUGGUUGCAUUGACGUCAAUGAGUGUGACAAAUCUCACGGUCCUAACGGAAGAUGCGGCGCUCACUCUGUCUGCACAAACAUACCCGGUAGCUACAAAUGCGAAUGCGCUGCUGGCUUCACUGCAACUGCUUCAAACCAAUGCAUUGACAUUGACGAGUGUGCCAGUGGAGUAGUCUGCGGGGAGAGCGCAGUUUGUGUCAACAAGGUCGGAAGCUACAGCUGUGAAUGUCCCGAGGGAACCAUUCCGGACCCUGACCCCAAGGUCAGGUGCGUUGGCGUGGUCACUUGCAAGGUUGAUGAUGACUGCCCUGGAAAUGCAAAGUGCGACAAUUUGCACAGAUGCUUAUGUCCGGAACCGAACAUUGGAGACGACUGCAGACAUCCUUGCGAGCAAGCUUCCUGUGGCCCGAACGCCCAGUGCAACCUUGUGCACGGUCAGGCCAAGUGCUUCUGCAGCUCUGGCUACACUGGUUCUAACUUGGGUGGAGUGCACAGCUGCAUUGACAUUGACGAGUGCGCCGCCAAUCCAUGCCCGUCUGGAGCUAUUUGCAACAACGAGCCCGGCAGCUACUCGUGUCAGUGCCCGGGAGGAAUGUCUGGAGAUCCCUACAGAGGCGGCUGCCUGAAGGUAACCGAGAAAACUCCUCUGCCUUGCGGUCCGGAGAGGCCUUGUCCUGCUGGCGAACAGUGCGUCAGGGACGAGUUCAUCGGAACCAGCGUUUGCAUCUGCCAGCGCGGCUACACACGCGACACUGCCACUGGAAAAUGCAAAGACGUCAACGAGUGUUUGGAGCAGGGCACAAAGCCUAUUUGCGGGCUCAAUGCUAUUUGCAAAAAUCUACCUGGUGCCUAUGAAUGCUACUGUCCACCUGGCUUUAAUGGAAAUCCCUACUCCCUCUGUGAAGAAUGCAACACGUUGGAGUGCCAAUGCAGACCACCCUACCAAGUUGUUGGAGGUCAGUGCGUUCUGUCUGGCUGCUCAAAGACCGAGCUGUGCCCUGCUGGCGCUGAAUGCAUCACCAUUGCCGGUGGAGUCAGCUACUGUGCCUGUCCUAAGGGCUUCAAGCCUUUGGCUGGUGGAACUUGUGAAGAUGUCAACGAGUGCUUGGAGGGUCGCAAUGUUUGCGGUUUUGGAGCUGAGUGUAUUAAUAGGAAAGGCUCCUACGAGUGUGUUUGCCCUCAGGGCUACAGCGGAGACGCAUUUAAUGGCGUGUGCUCGCCUGAUCAAGUCAGGUGCCGCGCCGAUUCAGACUGCUCAGCAAACGAAAAAUGUAUCCAACCUGGCGUCUGUCUCUGCCCGCCUCCUUUCUUCACAGACGGCAACCAGUGCAAGAGUCCUUGCGAGAGGUACCCUUGCGGCAUGAACGCAAAGUGCACACCUUCAAACCCACCAAAGUGCAUGUGCGAGGCUGGAUUUACUGGAAACCCCAUGCAAGGCUGCGUCGAUGUUGACGAGUGUCGAGACAAUCCUUGCGCCUAUGGGGCUCACUGCCUGAACGAGAAGGGAGGAUUCAAGUGUGUUUGCGCCAAGGGCAUGACUGGCGACCCCUACAGAGGGGGCUGCAUUGGAACUGGCUCGACUAAGGCUGAGUGCGUAAGGAACACAGAUUGUGCUGGCCCUCUGACUUGCGAGCAAGGUGCCUGUGUCAAUCCUUGCGCUUCACUUCCCUGCGGAGCCAACGCGUACUGCGAGCCUGAAAACCACGCUGCUUGGUGCAGAUGCACUGUUGGAUUCAAAGAAGCUGCUAAUGGUGCUUGCGUGUCAAUGUGCGAGGGAGUUACUUGCGGCAGAGAUGCCCAAUGUAUUCCCACAUCUGAAGGACCAACCUGCAAGUGUAUCGAUGGACUCAUUGGCAAUCCAUUUGCUGGCGGUUCUUGCUACCCUGACGUUUGCUCAGCUGCCAAUCCUUGCAAGGAGCCUGCUGUUUGCAUAGGUGGAAGGUGCAAGAGCCGGUGCGAAGGUGUUGUUUGCGGCAUUGGCGCCUCGUGCGACCCAACCACUAGCAAGUGUGUCUGUGAUCCGUUCUUUGUUGGAAACCCUGACUUGCUCUGCAUGCCUCCUAUUGUUCCACCUGCUUGCAACCCUGGCUGUGGAAAUAACGCUCACUGCGAAUAUGGACCAUCCAACCAGUGCGCCUGCAACGCUGGCUUCUACGGAAACCCUUACACAGGGUGUGGCACUCAGGAGAAGUCCUGCGGUCCAUCGGCUUGCGGAAAGGGCGCCCAGUGCAGACAGUCCAUCAGUGGUGUUGAAUGCAUUUGCCCUGCUGGAUUCAGUGGCAACCCGUAUGUUGGCUGCUCAGACGUCAAUGAGUGCUUGGGUCAGACUUGCGGAAACAACGCUGUUUGCAUCAACACAGUUGGAGGAUUUGACUGCAGAUGCAAGGAUGGCUUUGCUGGAAAUCCGUUCCACGUUUGUCUUCCUGCUGAUGAAAGGAGAUGCGCUGACCCUUCAACCUGCCCUUGCGGACCAGACGCACCUUGUCCUUCUGGACUCAAAUGUGAUAAGGGAAGAUGCAAAGAUCCAUGCCAAGGAAUCACCUGUGGAGCUCACGCUGUCUGUGAUGCUGGAAAGUGCUUGUGCCCUCAGGGAACCACCGGAAACCCCAAGGAGAGCUGCAAACCAACCGGACAGUGCAGAAAUGAUCUGGACUGUGCGCAAAAUGAAAUCUGCUUCCAGCCUGGAAAAGGAAAGAGAAAGUGCGUUGACGCCUGCACGAAACUGCAGUGCGGCCCGAACGCUCUUUGCAUUUCUGAAAACCACCGCUCUUUCUGCAUUUGCCUGGACGGCUAUCUCGGCAACCCCAGUGACUUGGGUGUCGGUUGCCAGCCACAGAUUGAAACCAUCAAGAGCCAGUGCAGCACCAACAAAGACUGUCCUACUGGUUUGAUCUGUUUGGUUUCGCCUGAGGGAGUCAAGGCUUGUGUCAAUCCCUGCCAGAGCGUGGCCUGCGGAGACCAUGAAGUUUGCAAAAUCCAGGGUGGGCUUGCAGUUUGCGUCUGCAGUGAUGGAUUCAUCUGGAACCCUGUGUCAUCAGUUUGUGAAAAGCCCUCCAUUCCCGACUGCACCUCCGAUUUGGAAUGCUCGGCUCAACACGCAUGCCGACCUGAUGCUUUGGGAGUGCUCAAGUGCACACCAGUGUGCUUGGCUUUCACGUGCCCACAGAACGCCGCUUGCUACGCCGAUCAGCACCAGGGCCAGUGUCAAUGUCUACCUGGCUUCACUGGAAACCCCAACGAUCGUAAUGGAUGCAAACCUGCUUUCAAAAACCAGUGCACCACAGAUGCUCAGUGUCUGGAGUCGGAAGCAUGCAGAGAAGUCGACGGCGUACUUGGCUGUUUCCCAGCUUGUCUGGGUGUGCAGUGCGGGCCACAGUCGGUCUGCGUGGUCAACAACCACGUCGCCCGCUGCCAGUGUCCUCCAGGACUGUUCGCCGGAAACCCCAACGACCCGGCCUCUGGAUGCAAAAAGGUGCCUUGCGUCUAUAACGUGGACUGUCCCACGCACCAGCUUUGCAACCGUCAGGACCACACUUGUUACGACGUGUGCGACACCGAGUCCUGCGGAGAAAACUCCAUCUGCAUUGCCGAGAACCACAAGGCCCAGUGCCAGUGUCCUCCUGGCUACAGAGGCAAUCCACUGCCUGAAAUCGAGUGCGUGCCAAGCGGAGUUUGCGAUCCCAACCCAUGCCACCAGUCUGCAAUCUGUGAAGCGUCUGGAGUUUCCGGACACACCUGCAAAUGCCCUGCUGGUCACGUUGGAGAUCCAGUCACCACCGGAUGCCAUCCUGAGGGUCUCUGCCCAGGUGGAGACAAGGACUGUCCCCCUGAUUCGGUUUGCGUUGGAGGAAGGUGCGCCAGUCCUUGUGACGGCGCUUGCGGACCAAACAGCCUCUGCAGCAUCAGAGACAGAAAGCCGAUCUGCUCAUGCCCAGCUAAAUUUGUGCCUCAUCCAUCCAGCGACCAGGGCUGUGUUCGAGUUGUUGUUGGCUGCAACAGUGACGCUGACUGUCUUGGCGAUGUUUGCAUCAAGGGACAGUGUGUUGUUGCCUGCCGUAACAAUGAAGACUGCUCGCAAGGUGAGAGAUGCGUCAACAAGAAAUGUAUGCUGCCCUGCGCCACGCACUCCCAAUGUCUUGACGGACAAGCCUGCGUUAGUGGAGUUUGCUUACUUGGCUGCCGCAGCAAUAAGGACUGUCCUGAAGUGCAUGCCUGCGUGAACAACAAAUGUCAAGAUCCUUGUCAACUUGAGGGAUCUUGUGGUCUGAAUGCUAUUUGCAAAGUGAUUAACCACAACAUCAACUGCGACUGUCCCAACGGAUUCAAAGCCAACUCCCAUGCUCAGCAAGGCUGCUUGCGAGAGGUUGCGAUUUGCACAUCUACCGCCCAGUGCCCUCAAGGCACCACCUGCCAAGGAGGUGCAUGCAUGCUGGGAUGCAGUGACAAUGCCGGCUGUGCUUUUGGCGAGCGGUGCACCAAUGGAAUGUGCUACAAGGUCUGCUAUGGGCACAGCAACUGCUUGUCUGGAGAAGUUUGUAUCGAUGGAAUCUGCCAGCUGGGCUGCAGAGGAGACGGUGAUUGCCAUCCCACCGAAGUUUGCAUCAGCAACACUUGCAGAUGUGGAACUGGUUUUACUGCCAGUCCUACUGGCUGUCUGGACAUCAACGAGUGUGCUGAGAACCCCUGCCAUCCAACCGCAGAGUGCCAAAACAUUCCUGGAUCAUACAAGUGCGUGUGCCCUGUUGGAACUGUUGGAGAUCCAUUCAUUGCGCCAGGAUGCACUGCUCCCAAUGAGUGCGAAUCAAAUGGUGCUUGUUCUGAAAAUUUGGCCUGCGUUGGAGACGCUGCUGGCAUCCUUAAAUGCGCUGAUCCCUGUGGCAGCACGCUUUGUGGCCCUCACGCUAUCUGCAGCGUUUACGAUCACCACCCAGUUUGCUCAUGCCCCGCCGGACACCUUGGCGAUCCCAAUGAGCUGGCUGUCGGUUGUUACAAGGUUGAAUGCUUGGACAAUGAUGACUGCUCUGAUGACAAUGCCUGCGAUUCUAUUAGCAACAAAUGCAUUCACCCUUGCGAUUUUGUCAACUGUGGGCGUGGUACAUGCAAAGCAACUCAACACCAAGGAAUUUGCACCUGUUAUGAAGGAUUUGGAAUUGUCGAUGGAAAAUGCGUGGACAUUGAUGAAUGUCUGGCCAAACCUUGCCACUCCACAGCUACUUGUAAGAACAUCCCAGGCAGCUUUGAAUGUCUAUGCAAGGCUGGUCUCGUCGGCGACCCGACCGCCUCUGGCAGUGGUUGCAAACGGCCUGGCGAGUGUCUCACCGACUCUGAUUGCCCUCUGACCGCCACUUGCCUCGACAACACCUGCCGCAGUCCCUGCGAGUCUGGCAAGUUUGCUUGCGGUCGAGGUGCAGAGUGUUUGCCCACGCAGGACCACAAGGCAUUGUGUCGCUGCCCAGCUCAAACCAGAGGCAAUCCAGCUGUUGAAUGCGUUCAACUUGAAUGCGAAACGUUUGACGACUGUGCUGAUACCAAGGCUUGUUUGGAAGGAAAAUGCGUUGACCCAUGUGCCUUGCCCAACGCUUGCGGAGCAAGUGCUCAGUGCUUGCCCGCCAGCCACGUUGCUGUCUGCGCUUGCACGCCUGGAUACACUGGAGACCCUCACUUGGGCUGUGUUCCAGUGCAGUACUGCGCCGGAGACUUCCAAUGUCAAGCUGGAACCAAGUGCGCGGCUGGCAUCUGUACAUCUGAGUGUUUGAGCAACCGCGAUUGUAUUGGAGAUCAGCUUUGCAUUCAAGGAGUGUGCCAGCCGACGUGCAGGUCAAAUGAAACCUGCCCGCAAUUCCAAUUCUGCCAGAACAACAUUUGCGUUCAGCAAGUUGUCUGCUAUACAGACACUGACUGCAAUAACAAUGAGAAGUGCAUUGUCAAUUCUAUCGGACAGCACGAAUGCGUCGAUGCUUGCUCUGGUGCUCUUUGCGGUCGCAAUGCCGGCUGCUCUGCCAAGAACCACGAAGCACUUUGCACAUGUCAAAAGGGCUUCUUUGGAAACCCUGCGACCGGCUGCAAACAAAUCGAAUGCAACGUCGACGAUGACUGCCCAAUGGACAAGAUGUGUGACGGACAGACGUGCAAGAUCCCUUGCCUGGUGCACAAUCCUUGUGGACAGAACGCACUUUGUUCAACUGCCAAGCACAAGACAGCGUGCCACUGCCAGCCAGGAUUCACUGGUGACGCGAUCAACGGUUGCACAAUGAUCAACUUCUGCGCCCAGAAUCCUUGUGGACCUGGAUCGACUUGCGAAAACAUUCACGGAAAGUUCAAGUGCCACUGCCCUCCUGGAACUGUGGGAGACGCCUACCAAUCAGGAUGCGUUUCCCCUGUCGAGUGCAACAGAGAUGAAGACUGCCCGAACUCUGCCCAAUGCACCAAUGAAAGAGGCGAGCCUAAGUGCAGAGAUGUCUGUGAGAGCACUCUUUGUGGUCCAAACGCAGACUGCACAGCCAAGAGCCAUGCUGGUCUCUGCAUUUGCAGAUCUGGCUACGAAGGCAACCCCAACGACAUUAUUGUGGGAUGCAGACCUAAGGCUGUGGCAUGCUCUGCCAACUCAGAAUGUGUGACAGGCACAUACUGCUACGGUGGCAUUUGCAGAUUGCCUUGUGGAUCCAGUGAUGAAUGUGGACUUAACGAAGCCUGUAUUCAAGGCCAGUGUGACAACCCUUGCAACAGACCAAACGCUUGUGGAAUGAACGCGCAAUGCGCCUGCACAAACCAUGUUAAACAGUGCAGUUGUCCACCUGGAUUUACUGGCAACCAUGAAAUUGAAUGCGUCAGAAUUCCUGUUGCUUGCGAUACCACCAGCAUAUGCAAUGAUGGAAACUCUUGCCGCGAAGGAAUGUGCCUGCCUCAAUGCUUAACCGACGGCGAAUGCGCUUUGAAUGAAAAAUGUCUUAAAGGAAAUUGCAUAUUGACUUGCCGAGUGGACAAUGACUGCUUCUUGGGCCACAUCUGCCUGAACAACAUGUGCCUGUUUGGCUGCAGAGGCAACGAGGACUGUAGCGCCAGCGAGUCAUGCCGAGGAAACCGCUGUGUUGAUCCUUGCUCCGAGUCUGUGUGCGGACCCAAUGCCGUCUGCUCAGUCGUGAACCAGCGUGCGAUUUGCUCGUGUCAGGCUGACUUUAUUCCGAACCCGAAUCCUCAAAUUGCUUGCGUCAGAAGACCGAUUCCUUGCACGCAGAACAGAGGAUGUCCUGAUGGCUCCAGCUGCGUGGGAGAAGUCUGCAAGCCUGUGUGCUUCGCUGACUCAAACUGCCUUAGCAAUGAGAGGUGUAGCGAGGGAGUUUGCAAGCCUCUGUGCAGAAAGGCUGAUGAUUGCAGGAGUGGAGAAAUUUGCGAAGGCCUUGUUUGCGUUGCUGGAUGUUACAGUGAUAGCGAGUGCCCAUCAAACAGAGCUUGCGUCAACAACAAAUGCAUCAAUCUUUGUGACUCCCCUACUGCCUGUGGAACCAAUGCUGGCUGCACAAUGUCCAAUCACCAGAAACAAUGCAUAUGCCCAACACCUUUGGUUGGUGAUGCUUAUGCUGCAUGCAGACACGUCACAACUGUUUGUGGGCAAGCUGCAGACUGUGGCAGCGGGCAAAUUUGCUAUGGAGGCCUUUGCCACUCUUCUUGUCUCUCUGAUGGCGGCUGUUUGGCUGACGAACGAUGCGUUGAAAAUGUGUGCAAAUCUGUAUGCAACAGCGACGCCAUGUGUGGACCUCACCAAAUUUGCGAAAACAGGCUUUGCGUCAUUGGUUGCAGAAGUGACACCGUUUGCCCUGGCAACCAGGCUUGCAUCAACAAAGAAUGCAGAGAUCCAUGCGCUGGAGCGACAACUUGCGGCUUGUGCGCUGAGUGUCAGGUGGUGAAUCAUGGUGUGCAGUGCAGCUGCCCUAACUCCUUCCUUGGCAACCCGCUCGUAGCCUGCAACAAGCCAGUGAAGCGUUGUUCCAGUUCGUCAGAGUGCGCCUACUUAGGUGCCACUUGCGAGGAAGGCUUUUGUACUAAGCGAUGCUCCGCGACUCAUGACUGUGAUUGUGGCGAAACGUGCGCCUCUGACGGCCACUGCAGAGCCAUUUGCAGUAACGACAAUGGCUGCCCGCAGGGACAACUGUGCAGGAACCGCGUCUGCUCUUUGGGCUGUCGCUACAACAACGACUGUCCCAAUGACCGUGCCUGUGUCAACGGCCAGUGCGGUAGUCCUUGCGAGACUGGCAGAACUCCAUGCGGAAGGAACGCCAUGUGCAAGGUUUCAGAGCACAGAGCCAUCUGUCUCUGUCCCGACGGCUUUGCUGGAGAACCAAGCAGAGAGUGCACGCAAGUUGAGUGCAAGAGGAACGCAGAUUGCGAAGCUGACAAAAGAUGCGUCGAGAGGAAGUGCAGAAAUCCAUGCUUGGAGCAAGGCUCUUGCGGAACCAACGCCCAGUGCAGAGUGGUCAACCGCUUGGCCCAAUGCUCUUGUCCUCCUGGCUUCUACGGCAAUCCGACCAUCGAGUGCAAGCUGGACGCUGACGAAUGUCUGAAAAAUCCGUGCGGAGAGAAUGCCAGAUGCAGAGAUGUGACCAAUGGCUUCGAGUGCACUUGCAUCAGUGGCUGCGUUGGAGACCCCUUCAAGGGCUGUGUUUGCGAAGAGAGGCAGAUCGAUUUGUGCAGCACUGUCAGGUGUGGCUUCAACUCGAGGUGCCGCAUUUCCAACAGCGGAGCUCCUGAGUGCUACUGCCCACCUGAAUCACCACUGGGAGAUCCUAGCUCUGGUUGCUAUGCUGCUGUUGUUGCUGACUGCCGAACUGAUGGUUGUGGCACAGGCGCUGACUGCGUCCAAGAGAGCGGUCAGUUUGUGUGCCGCUGCCCUGCCGGAACAUCUGGACGACCUGAAAUCGAGUGCACCAAAGAGAGUCAGUGUUUGAGCGACCAUGACUGUCCCAACGACAAGGCUUGCAUCCACUCGCAGUGCGUCGAUCCGUGCAGUCUGCGCGGCUCGUGCGGCGAAAACGCGCUCUGCAGAGUCAUCCUCCACAGAGCCCGGUGCUCGUGCCCCGAGUGCUACGUCGGUUCGCCGCACUCGUCCUGCCAACCGGACCCGCAGUGUCUCAGCACCUCGCCCAGACCAAACACUGAGUACCUGCCAUGCCUAUCAAACCUGGACUGCCCGGUGCACUUGAUGUGCAACCGUCUGGCUGCGGAAUGCCAAGAUCCGUGCUCCAUCGAGGCGCUCGACUGCGACGUUAACAAGCGGUGCGAAGUCAGAAACCACAGGCCCAUUUGCGUCUGCAAGUCUGGAUUUGUCGUCAGCGAAACCGGAGAAAUUGCCUGCGCGCCAGGACGCUCGCAGUGCGUGGCCGACAACCAAUGCCCCUCAAACCUUGCUUGCAUCAGCGGCGCCUGCCAGAGCCCCUGCGCACACAACCCGUGCGACCAGGGCAAGACGUGCGAGGUGGUCGAGCACAAGCCCGUCUGCAUCUGCACUCAAGACUGCCAUCCAUCGCUGUUCAUCUGUCUCAGGGACAGAGGAUGUCCUCCUGACCUGGCCUGCAGAGGGUACCAAUGCGUCAAUCCUUGCGUGAAUUUCACUUGUCCCGAAGGAACACCUUGCUAUGUUGAAGAGCACCAGCCGGUUUGCAAGUUCUGUCCGCCUGGAUUCUCUGUAGACGCGAAGCACGGAUGCAUCAAAGCACCAACACAAUCACCAACACCACAACCACCACCGUUCAAUCAAUCACUGAAACCUAGGUGUAAUAUGGACGGUGAUUGUUCAGAACAACACGUGUGUCUACACGGAACCUGUAGAGACCCAUGUACAGUCAGCCCACAACCAUGCUCUUCUCCCCAUCUAACAUGCAUUGUUCGCUCACGCAAGCCUAUGUGUCGUUGCAAAUCCGGUCACGAAUCAAAAUGCCUUGAAAUGGAAAAGGCUGCUAACGCUUCCGACAUUAUUCUGCCAAGCCCGGGAGAUGAUAAAAUUUAUUUCCCCGUUGACAGUGAUGAUCGUAUUGUUUUCCCGUCUGAAAACCCUGAUUUUUUAACUGAAAAUCCGAACAAUUCGAAAUUCACUCCUGACAAAACUGCUGAAACAACGAGUGCCGCGAUUGAUGAUAAAACGCAUUCAACUCUUGAUUUUGCUGAUUAUGAUCGCACAACUAAAACACCUAACGAUUCUUUCGAUUCAACGACCCCAUCUGAUUAUGAUUAUGGAAUUGAUUCCACAACCUCAGAUCCAUUAGAAGGAAUUGAGGUAGAGCCGCCAGAUUUAGCUGACGAUUUAGAUUAUUACGAGCCUGAUCUUAUAAUCGAUCCGACUGACUCUUCUAAUUCUAGUGAAACUCUAAAUAUGGUAACACACAAACCGAAUGAAACUACAUUCAACACGCAAGACACAAUCAUUGAGAGUAGUACGGUACCACAAAUUAUAACGGAACAAACAACUCUUUCUCGGGACAAAAAUUACAAGUCUGACACUCUCCCACCUUUACCAGACAUAAGCAUAAAUGAACCGCCGGUUACGCGGGAUCCAAUUAAUUUUGAUUUUCAUUCAUCGACAAGUAAUAACGAAAUCUCGACGGAUUCGACGUCCAAAUAUCUUGAGACCACUUUGAUUGAUUCAUCUACGGUUCCUAAUUCGCAAGAAACGGAAUCAAGUUCAUUGCAAUCUUCACUAUCAGUAACGGAUCCAAACAAAAAUUUCAGCUUCACUGACAGUCCUGUUAAAGACGAAGCGCAAUAUACUAUUACAACACCUGGUGCAACCACAUACACAAAUAGUCAUGAAUUUACCACUAAAACUCAAUCCACACCUAUUUCCACUGACACUGCAUACACUCAGAAUUAUGAUCACAGUUCCACUGCUGAUCAUUCAACUGAGCACACAUCACAAGCAACCGACGUUUUGUCAACCUUAGACCAAACCGUGACUCAAUCGUUCCAUUCUCACUCUACAUUAUCUACUGCUGAGCGCGAUCAAACUACAACGGAUUCAAAUUUUACCCCUCUGAAAGAUUUUUCAGAAUCGCCUCAACAUGAAUUUACUAUUGAUCAGUCAACUACCACUUUGAAAUAUCAGGUUCAAGAUUUAACCACGUUGAAAACAGAAAAUCUCUUGCACACGACUUCAAAACAGAGCAAUUCAGAUGUCUCUCAAACUGAUUCGACCACAAUGCAUGAUAAUCUUGAGACAACACCUUAUGCGUCUUUGGAACACCAAACUGAUUUUGUUCAAAAUGAACUCUCUUCCUCUACAAUAAAUUAUGGCACUGAAUCAACUCUUAGCACUGGAAGUGAUUUCACAGAACGAGUCAAAGAUGGGACAAAUUCGGUUAAUACAGAUGACCCUCAUAUUCUGUCUACUAAAAUUCAGACUGAAUCUGAACUCAAAAUUUCCACCACUGCUGAUAGUUUGAUUGGAAACGAUUUGCACAAAACUGACACCUACUCAACCGAAACCACAUUUGGGGUAAAUGAAAAAACUACAGCAAAAAUCGAUUUGAUACCUUUACACACAACUUCAAAACAGAGCAAUUCUGAUAUUUCUCAAACUGAUUUUACCUCAGAUUAUUACAAUCCUGAGACAACGCCUUAUGCGCCUUUACAACACCAAACUGAUUUUGACAAACAAGAACUCACUUCUUCUACAAUUAAUUAUGGCACUGAAACAACUCUUAGCACUGGAAGUGAUUUAACAGAACGAGUCAAAGAUAGUGCAAAUUCGGUUACUACAGAUGACCCUCAAAUUCAUUCUACUCAAAUGCAGACUGAAUCUGAACUCAAAAUUUCCACCCCUGCUGUUACUUUCAAUGAUAGUUUAUUUGAAAAUGAGAUGAACACAACUGACACCUACACUACCGAAACCACAUUGGGAGUAAAUGAAAACACUACAGCAAAAAUUGAUUCGAUUCCCUUGCACACAACUUCAAAACAAAGCAAUUCAGAUGUCUCUCAAACUGAUUUUACCUCAGAAUAUGACAAUCCUGAGACAACGCCUUAUGCGCCGUCACAACACCAAACUGAUUUUAUCAAAAAUGAACUCACAUCCUCGACAAUAAAUUAUGGCACUGAAUCAACUCUUAGCACUGGAAGUGAUUUCACAGAACGAGUCAAAGAUGGGACAAAUUCGGUUACUACAGAUGACCCACAAAUUCAUUCUACUCAAAUGCAGACUGAAUCUAAACUCAAAAUUUCCACCACUGCUGAUAGUCUAAUUGGAACAGAUAUGAACGAAACUUACACCUACACAACCGAAAAAACAUUGGGGGUGAAUGAAAACACUACAGAAAAGAUUGAUUUGAUUCCCUUGUACACAACUUCAAAACAGAGCAAUUCAGAUGUCUCUCAAUCUGAUUUCACCUCAGAAUAUGACAAUCCUGAGACAACGCCUUAUGCGCCCUUACAACCCCAAACUGAUUUUGUCAAACAAGAACUCACUUCUUCUACAAUUAAUUUUGGCACUGAAUCAACUCUUAGCACUGGAAGUGAUUUAACAGAACGAGUCAAAGAUAGUGCAAAUUCGGUUACUACAGAUGACCCUCAAAUUCAUUCUACUCAAAUGCAGACUGAAUCUGAACUCAAAAUUUCCACACCUGCUGUUACUUUCAAUGAUAGUUUAUUUGAAAAUGAGAUGAACACAACUGACACCUACACUACCGAAACCACAUUUGGAGUAAAUGAAAACACUACAGCAAAAAUUGAUUUGAUUCCCUUGCACACAACUUCAAAACAGAGCAAUUCAGAUGUCUCUCAAACUGAUUUUACCUCAGAAUAUGACAAUCCUGAGACAACGCCUUAUGCGCCCUCACAACACCAAACUAAUUUUGUCAAAAAUGAACUCACAUCCACGACAAUAAAUUAUGGUACUGAAUCAACUCUUAGCACUGGAAGUGAUUUCACAGAACGAGUCAAAGAUGGGACAAAUUCGGUUACUACAGAUGACCCUCAAAUUAUUUCUACUCAAAUGCAGACUGAAUCUGAACUCAAAAUUUCCACCACUGCUGAUAGUUUGAUUGGAAACGAUAUGAACAAAACUGACACAUACACAACCGAAACAACAUGGGGGGUGAAUGAAAACACUACAGAAAAUAUUGAUUUGAUUCCCUUGCACACAACUUCAAAACAGAGCAAUUCAGAUGUCUCUCAAUCUGAUUUUACCUCAGAAUAUGACAAUCCUGAGACAACGCCUUAUGCGUCUUUGGAACACCAAACUGAUACUGUCAAAAAUGAACUCACUUCUUCUAAAAUUAAUUUUGGCACUGAAACAACUCUUAGCACUGAAAGUGGUUUAACAGAACGAGUCAAAGAUAGUGCAAAUCCGUUUACUACAGAUGACCCUCAAAUUCUUUAUACUCAAAUGCAGACCGAAUCUGAACUCAAAAUUUCCACACCUGCUGUUACUUUCAAUGAUAGUUUAUUUGAAAAUGAGAUGAACACGACUGACACCUACACUACCGAAACCACAUUUGGAGUAAAUGAAAACACUACAGCAAAAAAUGAUUUGAUUCCCUUGCACACAACUUCAAAACAAAGCAAUUCAGAUGUCUCUCAAACUGAUUUUACCUCAGAAUAUGACAAUCCUGAGACAACGCCUUAUGCGCCCUUACAACACCAAACUGAUAUUGUCAAAAAUGAACUCACUUCUUCUAAAAUUAAUUAUGGCACUGAAUCAACUCUUAGCACUGGAAGUGAUUUAACAGAACGAGUCAAAGAUAGUGCAAAUCCGUUUACUACAGAUGACCCUCAAGUUCUUUCUACUCUAAUGCAGACUGAAUCUAAUAAGACGCAACAAGAAGUGUUUACAACCCUCCCCACGCAAACAACUACACAUCAAUUAAGUACUUCUUCAGGCCUGAUUGAUCAUACAGAAACAAACACACACCAACCUAAAGAAAGCACAUUGACUUUCAUGACACCUGCGGAUGAGUUGGUCUGGGAUAGUACAAUUACCACCAGAAUGCCAAAUAGACCGUUGAAAAUCGAAACAACUCUAAAAAUUGAUCAAACGCUUACUUCGACUGAAUCUAUCAUUACGCAAGGCCAUUUUAUUGAAACGAACACAAAAGACUACCCUACAACGGAAAUCAGUGACUUGAAAUUCACCACUCACGCAGAAACACUUCCUCAGUCAGAUUUAACAACACUUCCGAACUUUGUUACCACCUCGCAGUUUGUUGAAAUGACAGGCAUAAAGACUUCAACUCAAUUCACGGACACACAAACUGAAAAUAUGGUCGGCUUCACUGAGCCUGAAUUUACAAGUACAUUUGGUACCUCUGAAAAAGAAUAUAAAACUAAACAAAACUUUGAAUCAACAACAAUUUCAAACACUGUCACCACACAAGCUACAGAAUUAAAGAACAGAUACAAUUUGACUGAAAUCUUAGGAAACACGCGAGAAACAACCACUGCUACUCAGUCGAGCACACAAACUAGUUUGGACACUACACAAACAGACUUACCAUCAAGUGCAAAUUAUUAUACAAACCCGACAACAGUCGUUAAUGACGCGUUGUUCACAGAAAUCAGUACGUCGACCAACCCUUUAAAAGUGGAAAAUGUUUCUAAUAGUACCACUGAUCAGCCCGAUUUUGUCAAUGCAACUCAUUUCAACUCACAAAAGCCUGAAACUUCAACUUUAGUAUCGCCACCGGAGGCUACUGAGUACGAAAAUUUCAAUCAAACUGAAUCAGUCACUACUCAAACACAGGAAGACGAGUUGACUAAGGUCUCUGCUCAAACAACUACACAGCAAACUACCACAAAUAUUUUGUCGUCAACUGAUCCCAAUUUAACAUCAAGUCCUGUUGAAAAAGCUGAAACUCUAACAUUUGCGCCAACCACAAGUACUCGUGCCACUACCAUUUACCGUUACAUAGAUAAAAGCGAAAAUAACGAUUUCACAUUCAAUCCUUAUGUGGUCACGGACUCGACGGAACAACAAUCAAAUCAACCUACCACCUUAGACACGUCUAAAUUCACCACGGAUAAAAACACAAUUGGUCUGACGACUUCCAGUUCAUAUUCUUAUAUGGCUAACGAAGGGAGCUCAGAGCCCGUUCAAAGUACAACUAGCUUUCCAAAAACUUAUCCUACUGAUUCGCGAACCCGCAAGGUUGAUAGUGUAACAGAGCCUGCUGAGUUCCACACGGAAUCAGCUAAUUUCACCCCGACGCAAUUAAACUAUGACUCGGAUAAAAAUUUCACUAAAAUUACAAGCAUUCCAGUCGAAAACGGCACUGAAAUCUAUACCACCGAACAAUACACGUCAUCAAUUGAAGGAAAUGGCACAGAUAUUUUCAAUGGCUCAACUACACUUACUCCUUUCACAGAUCUUGAUAGCAAAAAUGAUUUGGCAAAAAGCACAACCGAGCCUACGCAGUACACUACCUCAUUUAAUAAAAUAGAUUCUGAAACUAACGACACCGAGACUUCAUCACCAAUCACAACCACAACUCAAAACAUAAUUUCAAUGAUUUCGACGACUGGUGCAAGUCUUGAAACACAACAAACUUUUACAGCGUUGGAUUCAAAUACGGGAUCAACCUUGGCGCAAAAUUCAAACACUGAAAUUUACCCCUACACAACUGAGGUCAAUCUCGGCACAACUGAUUCCUCUUUAACAGGAAAAACUACAGAUUUUCAAAACAAGGACUUAUUUACGACCUUGCCUGAUUCCUUAAAUUCAGCAAUUACUAGCGAAAUGACUACUUCAGAUGGUUUUACUGUGAGUACAGUUGAAUCCGUUUCAAAUAAAACUUCUCUUAAAGAAAUAAACCAACUGAACCAGUCCGAAAUUCAUUUUACCACUGAACGAUUCAAUGACUCAGUAAUUCUAACCACUGAAUUUCAGGAAUCCGGUAAAACGGAAAAUGUGAUAAGUGAACAAAGCUCCAUUGCUCCAAAUGAUUAUAUUACUCGUCCUAGCUCACAAACGACAGUCAGUUCAGUAACGGAUGGAUUAGAAAAUAUUUAUUCGGGAACCACUGAUUCGUCAACAGCAUUGAGUGAUCGCACCGAUGCGACCAAUGGAAAUGGCGAAAAUAUUCAUUCAACUCAUUCAAUUCCUUCAGAUGGAGAUACUAAUGAUACAUACACAACGACCACAUUUAGCACUGGCAGUGUUGAAACUGUCUCAUUGAAGACUGAAUUGCCCAUUUCCAGUAGCUCUUUUAAACCAUUCGUUGACUCAAAAAUAGACAGCACGACAGUUGAAGCUGCAACAUCCAGUGAUAUUUCAACAACUGGUUCAGAUCCUAGCACUAAUUCAAUUGGAAGCAUAACUUCCGCUGAUGACUCAGUUACUAGUAGAACUAAUUUCGAUCGUACUACAGUUUCAAAUGAUUUUACAACUGCUUUCAAUGCCGAAGAACCUUCCACUACCGUUCGUAUUCCAGAAAACGUGUUUGAUGAAAUAUCCACCCCAAAAAGCGAUGUCAAAGACACACAGUUUACAACACUCAAUUACAAUGCCGAAAAAGAAUCAAGCCCAUUGCCAACACAAAUAUCAACUGACUCAUCUCUAUCAGCAGAAACGAGUACUAUAAAAAUGGGUUCGACCACCAAGUUGGUUGAAAUUGUAACAAUGACACAUAGAGAACAAGAUCCAACCUAUUCUGAUGAAUCUUACAAUUUUGAUAAAACAACACAAUCGAAUUAUAUUAAAGAUUCUCCCACCACAGAAUUAUAUGAAUCAACAAGCAAUGUAGAAUUCAGUACUUUGCAAUCUGCUACCCACACUGAUCCAAAUCUCAUUGAAUCUUCCACAAAAGCACAUAUACAAACCAUUGAUAGUUCUGAAAAGUAUUUAGAUUCAAGUACCGUUAAUGAUAUUAAAUAUACCGAAACCACGGACACUACCUCUGACAAAUUGCACACAACCAACCUAGACUAUAGCACGUUGCAGCCUCAUGUUACAAUCAAGGGAGAUUCUACGACAAUUUCCAAUUUGAUAGAUACUGAAAGAAAUACCGUUCCAGUUUCACUUUCCACUACUGAUACACCAGUUGAUAUUAAGAUUCCUUCAACAAGCAAAGCGUUUGAAAUCACUACUUCAGCUAACACAAUAAUGGAUGGCGUCACUUCUCAUGACACAUUUACCACAAAUAUGGACGAGAGUACUUACUUAAUUGAUUCAAUAGAUAUUGGCAUUAACGAAACAACAACGCAAUUGAAUAGCAACAAAACUCAAAUUUCGGAUGAAAAUGAUUUUUCGACUCAAAAAUACCAAUCGACAACCUCUACGUAUUCUGAUCAAACCAAAUUUGAAACCGAUCUACCAAUUAGAACAACAGAUAGUUUUGUAAGUACCACCCUGAAAUCAAUAAUUGAAGUAGGUUCUGAAAUUACUAAAUCUGAGCAGCCCUCUACAAAUGUGCCUGAUUUAAGCACUACCCAAUCGAGCGCAUUUCCAAAUGAAAAUUUGAUUUCCACAUCAACAAUAAGUGAUUUUAGCACAUCCUCUAGUUCUAAUAAUAAUUUCGAAAGCAAUGAAAGUGCCAGAACAACAACUGCGUUUUCGGAAACUGGAAGUGAAACCACAACGGAAUAUUUUAGCUCUGAACAAACAGUUCAAGAUAGUACUCAAGCUUCUUAUCCCGAUAACACAUACUCGACAAUGUCCAAAGCUUCCGAUUCCACUACCACAAAGUACAGAGAUCUAACUGACGAGCCCAUCAUUCAAACCUCAACUUCUCAAAUUACAACUGAAAGAGUUGUUGACGUACAAUCUUCCACAGUUACACAAACUAUCAUUCCGUCAAUGGACGAAUUUUCGAAGGUUCCUUCUCUUGAUCUCCAUUCAACUGAAACGGUAAUAGGAAAUUCGGAAAUCGGAUCCACUACAGCCAUAAUUGAAACGAACGAGUACACUACACACACAACUCAAGUUAACACCAUUUUUACCGAAAAUUCAAAAAUUUCAAAUGGAAAAGACAGUUCAACCGCGCUUAACUUGAGCAUUGAUAACUCAACUGAAACACCUUCAAAAAUAAACCAAACUGAACAUUUUUUCACACAAACCGCAAGCAUAUCUGUAGAAAUUGGCACCGAAUCCACUAUUAAUCCGCAGAUUACAACGGAAAGACAUCAGUUACCCAACUUAGAUAACACAAAUUUUGGAAGCACAACCACCGAAGAAGGUUCAUCUGAACCAAGUACCGGAAAAACUUUAGGCCCUCAACCAUAUUCAACUGUGCAAGACAAAACAAUCACAGAACCCACUUUAGCUACACAGUUUGACGCUACAGAAUUGCCAAAAGUUACUUCAAAGUUUAAAACAGACAAGACAGAAAUUCCUGAAGUAAGUACCGACAAUUCCUUAUCAACCGAGAGCUCAAGUCGCAUUCCGACUUACUCAAAUACUGUCACAAUCACAACUCAACCAACUUCCACUGCUGAAUCUGAAACUAUCAUGACUGUUGAUUAUCGCACGUCCAAAGAGACUGCUAUUCCAACAGAAAGUUACAUUCAGACGUCAACUGCAUUCCACACAGAACCCGACUUUGACAGUACACAAAAAUCCACGCCACGUGCAAGCACUCCUGAUUCAAUGUCAGAGGAGCGGAGCACAUUUUCCCCAACUGAGAGCCAUAGUACAAUUGCAAAUACAGAGCAUACAAAAAAUAUAUUUGAAACUUCAACCGACCAGACCGCUGCAACAACAAACUCAAUCCUUGAAAAAUCAACCACAGAACACAAACCAGUUACCACAGACACUGACACUUUAACACAUACAACAAUAAAAACAAACAUGGUAGAAGAGUCAUUUAAUGAUUUCGAUUCAAGUACAGUUACGAACAAUGAAGCAUCAACCACUCGAUAUAUUUCCUCCACUACUUAUGAAGAUACCUCAGUUAAAAGUGACGGCUCGAAUUCCAUUACUCCCUCUAACCAAGAUAGUGCGACCACCGCUUUUAUUUCGGAUAAGUCUGAAACUUUUGAAUCAACCCUCUUUUCUACUCAAACCGAUAAAAUAGAUAUUAGUGUUACUACUGAAAACACUGGGCGAAAAACCACUAAAUUGUCAGGUGUGCCUUUAGAUUUGUUCGAAACCACAACCACCUCCUCCGAUUACACCACAGAAAAUAUUAAAAGUGCAACUGUCGAACCUAAUCACCCCUCAGAACCUGUAAUUUCUACGGAAUCAGUUUCACUAACUGAAUCAAACAAAACAGAAUGCACAGCAGACCUCCACUGUCCCGAUUAUCUGAUGUGCAUUGGCAGAAUAUGUCGUGAUCCUUGCUCUUAUUACAAUGCGUGCAAAUCAUUCGACUGCGUCGUACGAGACCAUAGGCCAGUAUGUUUGUGCAAUGCUUCUGGGGACGAGUUGCUCCAUAUUUGUAGCACACACCCAGUUGUUGGAUGUCUUUCGAAUUCCGAGUGUAGUCCUCAGCAAGCAUGUAUCAAUAACAAUUGCCAAGAUCCAUGCAGCGUGGCAAGUCCUUGCCGCGGAAUUGAGGAGUGCCAAGUGCAAAACCAUCAGCCUGUUUGCGUUAAAGUUUGCAACUGCCAGAAGACAACUGACUGCAGGCCAAACUUUUAUUGCGACGGAUGCAAUUGCGUGCCUCAAGGUACUGAGCCGACGAAGGCCGUCUGCGACCACUGUCCUCCUGGUUCGACCUGUGACAUCACAACCGGCGCCUGCAUCAAAGACUUGGAAGCAACAACAAUUGAUCCAGAAGCAGAAACCACAUCGGCACUCAUUGACACAAACACAGACCAACCUGACGUUGCUCAGGAUAACUAUACAGAACCCAAUCUGUUUGAUAAUGAAUCCACUGAAAGCACGAGUUCUACCCCACCUACAACACAAAGCACUUUCUCGACCACUGGGGAUGACGUUUCGAGUGAAAGCGGCGAGGUUUUCAGUUCCACUCAAUAUUUCACAACCGAAAAAUCCGACUCUUUCGAAUUUACAACUUCAAAAUCUGGACUUUCUUAUCAAACCACAACCGAAAGCGAGUCGGAUUUGAUUUCAAAUGUCGCAAGCACGAGUAGAAGCACUUUCUCAACAGAAACACCUGAAAGCUUCCAAGGAAGCACGCAAUCCGACAUUUUCACUUCAAGUCAAUUGCCAAUAUCUGAAAUCACGACCGAAUUCAGAUCGAGCGUCACAACUGAAAGUGCGUUCGAGUUGUCUAGUCAGACGAUGAUCUCUCAAUUUGAAUCGUCCACAACGCAGUCGGAGAGCACAACAAGUGCCAGUCCUUUGAUCACCACCACAACAUUUGCCUCAGUUUCAAAUCAGACAGAGAACACUAAAAAUGACGAAAAUGUUGACUAUUUUGAUCCAAUUAUUGAGGGUGAUUUUAAUGCCUCUGAAAACCCGCCGACUUCUUCCUCUGAAAUUGAUGACUUAACCACCACUCCAAAUUCGCUGGUCGAUUUUACCACAACUACCAAAUUCGAUAUUUCCACAACCCCUGGCACAAGCGAGGAGGUCACCGAAACUGAUGGUGACGAUCGUUUUGAUCAGUCCAAGGGGGGUUGCGACUCUGACACUGACUGCCCAGACUAUGAGGCUUGCAAGGAGAACAUCUGCGUGAACCCUUGUCUAAAGCCCAAGGUGGCGUGUGCGUUAAAUGCGCGCUGCUCGGUCUCCAAUCACACAAUCCAAUGCUCUUGUCCACCUGGCCAAUUGGGCGAUGCCCACUUCGAUUGUCGGAGAGAACCACCUGGCACACCUAAAGUGCCGCAGCCCUGCCAGUCAGACAAUGACUGCCUCGCCCAAGAAGCGUGCUACAAGUCGCUGUGCGAAAAUCCUUGCGAAUUCGCAAAGCCCUGCGCUCCUUCGGCCAAGUGCACAGUUAUGAUGCACAGGCCUGUGUGUAGGUGCCCAGCAGGCUACGAGGGCGACCCUGUGGUCAAGUGCGCCCCCGCCAUGCCCAUUGGGUGCACGACAAAUUACGACUGUCCAAUUACGGAGGCGUGCGUCAACAAUGUGUGUCAGAGGCCUUGCGAUUUACACAAUCCUUGCGCUGUCAACGGUGUGUGCAUCAACACAAAUCAUGGAACUGACUGCAGUUGUGCUGAGGGGUACCACGGAAACGCCUAUGUCGGAUGUCUUCCUGUGACAUCCCCCAAGCCCAUCUGCCAGUACAACGAAGACUGUCCGCCACACCAGCUAUGCGACCGCCUAAACCGCCGCUGCGGAAGCCCUUGCAACGAGGACUCUUGUGGCCACGACGCUGAAUGCUUCCCGGCCAAUCACGCAGCCUCUUGCAAAUGCAGGAAUGGCUAUAGUGGAAAUCCGUACAUCCAGUGCUCGCUCAUUGUUGGAUGCCAGAGUGAUUCUGAAUGCCCGCCAUCCGAGGCUUGUGUCAAUAGAAAGUGCCAAAACCCGUGCCAAUGUGGCCCUAAUGCUAUCUGUGAUGUUAUCAACCAUGUGCCAACCUGUAAGUGUCCCAAUGGAUACGGUGGCAACCCAAUUACUGGAUGUACAGUGCCAUCAAACCCAUGCGUUCCCAAUCCAUGCGGAACUCUUGCCAUGUGCGAGCUGGAUAAUGGAAAUCCUAUUUGUUUCUGCCCGAAAGGAAUGACUGGCAAUCCAUUCGUCAAUUGCAUUCCUGAGGGAGAUAACUGCAAACCGAGCCCGUGUGGCCCUAACUCUGGAUGUCGCUUGGUCAAUGGAAACCCAAGGUGCUUCUGUCUACCCAACUAUGAAGGCGAACCACCCAUCAUGCCGUGCAGGCAGCCGCAGAAUCCUUGUGAUCCGUCGCCUUGCGGCCCGAAUACCCAGUGCACCAUUCACAAUGGAUUCGCUCGCUGCGCUUGCAUUGACGGCCACAUCGAGCUGCCCAACACCAUCAGAGGAUGCGUGAAGCGGCAAGACCCUUGCGAUCCGAACCCUUGCGGUCACGGAGCCCUCUGCGACUCUGGUAGGGAGCCAAAUUGCUACUGCCCAAUCAACACUGUUGGAAAUCCCUACAAGGGCUGUGCCGAGCCCGUAAGGGCUCUGUGCGAGCCAGGACCUUGCGGACCGAACGCAGACUGCUACGUUGCUGAAUAUCAGGAGCAAUGCUUCUGCAAACCUGGAUUCGAUGGCGACCCAUACUCAAAGUGCCAGAGGGCGCCAAUCAGCCCUUGCUUCCCGAAUCCUUGUGGACCGUACACUGUCUGCAAAGUGUCUCCACAGGGUCUGGCUCAGUGUCUGUGCCAGGACGGUUACCACGGAGACGCAACAAGUCAAAAGGGAUGCGCACCUGAGUGCUCAGUGGACGAUGAGUGUCCCAACGACAAGGCUUGCAUUGGAUUCAAGUGCAAGGAUCCCUGUCCUGGAUCUUGCGGCAUUGAAGCCAGCUGCAGGGUCGAAAAACACCACCCUGUCUGUACUUGUAACCACGGUCUUCUUGGAAAUCCAGUUCAUCGUUGCUACGCAUUAAAGAAACCAGAUCCAGUUGAUCCAUGCAACCCAAGUCCUUGUGGAGUGAACACCAAGUGCAUCAUUUUGAACGGAAAAGCAGCCUGCUCAUGCCUGCCAGAAUAUCAUGGCGACCCACAAAUUGGCUGCCAGCCUGAGUGCACAAUUCAUUCAGAUUGUCCAUCCAGCAAGGCUUGCAUCUUCCAGAAGUGCCAGGAUCCUUGCGUUGGAACAUGUGGAAUCAAUGCUGAGUGCAACACAAGAAACCAUGUUGCAGUUUGCAGUUGCAAAGCAGGAUACAUGGGAGAUCCAUUCAUCCAGUGUCUCAAAACACCGCCUGUUGCUCCUCAUGCGAAUAUGACCAAGGUUUGUGACCCUAAUCCUUGCGACCCGUACUCCACCUGCAGAAUCUACGGUAGCGUGGCUGUUUGCGAGCCUGCAUACAGGCCUGAGUGCUUAAGCAGCUCCGAGUGCCAGUUCAACAGAGCGUGUAUCAACCAGCGUUGUGUCGACCCUUGCCCUGGUUCUUGCGGAUUCAACGCUUUGUGCACGUGCAUCAAUCACGCGCCAGUUUGCAGUUGCCCACAAGGUUUUGUUGGAAAUCCAUUUGAGCACUGCACACAACCAGCAAUUGCGGAAGUGAGGCCAGACACUUGCGAUACAACUCGCUGCGGUGCUAAUGCUGUUUGUAAGCAAACGUCUAGUGGCAUUUCCUGCAUUUGCAAACCAAAGUACUAUGGAAACCCAUACUUGUCAUGCCACCCAGAGUGCGUACUCAAUCAGGACUGUCCUUCAAACAAAGCUUGCAUGAAUAACCACUGUGAAAACCCUUGUGUCGGUGUUUGCGGUGUGAAUGCUCAAUGCGAAGUGGCCAACCACUAUCCAGUGUGCUUGUGCCAGGCUGGACACACUGGAGAUCCGUUUGCUUCCUGCUAUCCUUUGAGAUCUCCUCCAGUUGCUGCGGCUGUUUCUGCACCUUGUGAUCCUUCGCCGUGUGGCCCCAACAGCAGGUGUCUAGCUAACGGCCACGUCGCCAUUUGCUCUUGCCUGCCUGGAUAUCAAGGAGUUCCUCCUGCCUGCAAACCUGAGUGUGUUGUCAGCUCUGACUGCUCCCAGACGCACUCAUGCGUCAACCAACGUUGUGUGGACCCUUGUCCGAGCAGCUGCGGCAUUGGAGCGACCUGUCUUGUCAUCAACCACAAUCCCAUCUGCAGCUGUCCUCCUGGUUAUCAAGGAGAUCCAUUCGCCAGUUGCUACAGGCCCAUCAUUGAGGAACCCAAGACGCCUAGGAAUCCUUGCGAGCCGUCUCCCUGUGGACCUCACUCUCUAUGCCAAGUCAAGCAGGGCAGGCCAGUAUGCUCUUGCAAAGCAGAUUUCUUCGGCAGCCCGCCGUAUUGCAGACCUGAGUGUAUCACCAACUCGGAAUGCCAGGCAAACAAGGCAUGCAUCAACGAGAAGUGCAAGAACCCUUGCAGUGGAAUUUGCGGAAACAACGCCAAGUGUGAUGUCGUCAGUCACACGCCCUAUUGCAGCUGUCUGCAAGGCUUUGAGGGAGAUGCUUUUAUUGGCUGCUCAAAGAUUGUCAUUCCUGUUGUCAUUGAAGAGCACAGACCUUGCGACCCCUCACCUUGUGGUGAGAACGCUCACUGCACUGAACACAAUGGCAUGGCUCGCUGCACGUGCAUUCCCCCGUACUUCGGAGAUCCAUACUCUGGUUGUAGACCUGAGUGCGUUUUCAGCGCCGACUGCGCCAGCAACUUAGCCUGCGUCAACAAACACUGCAGAGAUCCUUGUAUUGGCAUUUGCGGCACAAACGCGCAAUGUGAUGUGGUCAACCAUAUCCCAGUGUGCAGUUGCUUCCGUGGCUAUGAGGGAGAUCCGUUUGUGUCUUGCAGACAAAUUCCUGUCACUCCAAUUGCGGCCAAGAGCCCUUGCGAGCCAAAUCCCUGUGGAGGCAACAGUGUUUGCAGAGUUGUCAACGGCCAUGCUGUCUGCUCUUGCAUCCAAGGCUACAUUGGCGCUCCUCCCAACUGCAGACCCGAGUGUGUCAUCAGUGGAGAGUGCGCUCAGAAUAAGGCAUGCAUCAACAACAAGUGCCAAGACCCGUGUCCUGGAAGCUGCGGACUGGAGGCUCGCUGCCAGGUCAUCAACCACAACCCUAUUUGCAGUUGUCCUCCAGGCUAUGAAGGCGAUCCUUUCUCUCGCUGUAUCAAAACAGAACCAAAGGUUGUCACGCCUGUUGGCAAUAGGAACCCUUGCGUGCCUUCGCCUUGCGGCCCCAAUUCGGAGUGCCGCGUGAUUGACACGCGUCCAGUGUGCUCCUGUGUUUCUGGAAUGUUUGGUGCGCCUCCCAACUGCAGACCUGAGUGCGUCAUCAACACGGACUGCCCAACCAACCUGGCUUGCGUUCGAAACAAAUGUUCCAACCCUUGCCAGGGUUCGUGCGGAUUCCACUCUGUUUGCUCAGUGCACAACCACCAGCCAGUGUGCCACUGCGAGCAGGGCUACGAAGGAGACCCGUUCUCUGGGUGCAACCCCAUCAGAGUAAUUGUCGACGAACCCCGCCACCCGUGCAGUCCCUCGCCAUGCGGCUCGAAUGCAAUUUGCAGAGAGCGCCAAGGCGCUGGCUCCUGCCAGUGCUUGCCCGAAUAUUUCGGUGACCCGUACACGGGCUGCCGACCUGAGUGCGUGCUCAGCUCGGAUUGCCCGCGAGACAAGGCAUGCAUAAAUAGCAAAUGCAAAGACCCAUGCGACGGUACCUGCGGGCAGAACGCACAAUGCUUUGUCGUAAACCACAACCCGUCAUGCAGUUGUCUCCCUGGAUACACUGGCAACGCUUUGCAAUAUUGCGUUCUCAUACCUCAACCCGUGGUCGUCGCAGAACGAAAAGAUCCGUGCCGCCCCUCACCCUGUGGCCCUAACAGCCACUGUAGGGUGAGCAACGGCCACGCCGUGUGUUCUUGCCAAGUGGAAUUUAUCGGAGUCCCGCCUAAUUGCCGUCCCGAAUGCGUGGUCAGCGCUGAAUGCCCGCUCGAUAAGUCCUGUAUUAACCAGAGGUGCAAGGACCCUUGUCCGGGCACGUGCGGCCAAAACGCGCGCUGUCAGGUCAUCAACCACAACCCAAUUUGCUCCUGUGUUUCUGGACACACUGGAGAUCCAUUUGGAAGAUGUUAUAGGGUUGAAAAACCACCAGCACCUGUUUCGGUGCAAAACCCGUGCGUUCCUUCGCCAUGCGGUCCCAACUCGCAGUGCCGAGUGGUGGACUCGCACGCUGCAUGCUCUUGCCUGCCUAAUUUUGUCGGCCGGGCGCCAAACUGCAGACCCGAAUGUACCAUCAACGGCGAAUGUAGCGCCCACCUCGCGUGUCAAUGCGAUAAAUGCGUCGAUCCUUGCCCCGGCUCGUGUGGGCCCCUUGCCACGUGCAGGGUGGUCAACCACCAGCCCGUGUGCUCUUGCCCUCCUGGUUACACAGGCGACCCCUUCAGUGGGUGCUCGCCCGCGCCAAUCGUCACGCCUGUCGAAUCACCACGUGAUCCGUGCAACCCGUCACCUUGCGGUGCGAACGCUCUUUGUCGGGGAAGGAACGGUGCUGGCUCUUGUUUGUGCAUGAAGGACUUCUACGGCGACCCCUACACGGGGUGUCGGCCUGAAUGUGUCCUUAACACUGACUGCUCGCGAGACAAAGCAUGCGUUAACAACAAAUGUACAAACCCUUGUCUCGGCACUUGUGGCAUCAACGCUGAAUGCAGAGUCAUCAACCAUGCACCCUCUUGCUCGUGCAUUCCCGGUUACACUGGGGAUGCUCUCACUGCAUGUCAUCAAAAGCAAAUCGUGAAAGUGGAAACCGUUGUAACUGACCCGUGUAGCCCAUCGCCCUGCGGUCCAAACAGUCAGUGCAGAGCCAUUAAUGGCCACGCUGUCUGCUCCUGCAGGGCCGGCUACGUCGGCUCUCCUCCGUCCUGCAAACCUGAGUGCGUUAUUAGCGCCGACUGUCCUCAAAACCGAGCAUGCCUUAACCAAAAAUGCCGCGAUCCUUGCCCUGGAGUUUGCGGACAAAAUGCUCGUUGCCAGGUUGUUAACCACAACCCUAUCUGUACUUGCGCACCUGGCUAUUCAGGGGAUCCAUUUGCACGCUGUUUCAAAGAAGAAAGACGUCCCGUGAUUGUGGAGGAAAAUACCAACCCUUGUGUUCCGUCACCGUGCGGCCCCAACUCUCAAUGCAGGGUUGUUGGCCAGCAUGCUGCAUGCACUUGUUUGCCUAAUUAUGUCGGUCGUGCGCCCAACUGCCGACCCGAGUGCAUGAUAAACGAAGAGUGUCCCAGUAAUCUUGCAUGCCAAGCCGAAAGAUGUCGAGAUCCUUGCGCCGGUUCAUGUGGUGCGCAGGCCACUUGCACCGUGGUCAAACACUCGCCAGUUUGCAAAUGCCAAAUUGGUUUCUCCGGAGACCCGUUCUCUGGCUGCUCUAAAGUCAAUACUGUGGUACCCACGGAAGGUCCGCGCAGACCUUGCGAUCCCUCGCCAUGUGGCUCGAAUGCUGUUUGCAAAGAGCGAAAUGGUGCUGGUUCAUGUUCUUGCCUGCCUGAAUAUUUCGGCGACCCAUACACUGGGUGCCGGCCUGAAUGCGUCCUUAACACGGACUGCAACCGUGACAAAGCAUGCGUCAACAAUAAGUGUGUCAACCCUUGCAUCGGCACUUGUGGUCUCAACGCCGAGUGCAGGGUUGUCAAUCACGCACCUUCUUGCUCUUGUUUACCUGGUUACACUGGAGAACCACAACGUGCUUGCAGAAUCAUUGAACCUGUCAAAGCUCACGUUGAGCCUGUGCCGUGCCAACCAUCACCCUGCGGACCAAACAGUCAGUGCCGCGCCAUCAAUGGGCACGCGGUGUGCUCUUGCGAGGCGGGUUACAUUGGCACACCGCCAUCUUGCAGACCUGAGUGCGUUAUCAGUGCCGAUUGUCCUCAGAACAGGGCUUGCCUUGCUCAAAAAUGCAAGGACCCCUGUCCUGGCACAUGCGGCACGAACGCUCGCUGCAAUGUUGUCAACCACAACCCCAUUUGUUCUUGCACGCCUGGUUUCACUGGUGAUCCCUUCACAAACUGUUACAAAGAAAAGAUUCCUGAGCCUGCUAAGGUCGAUACCAACCCUUGCAUACCUUCGCCGUGCGGCCCGCACUCUCAGUGCAGGGUCAUUGGCUCGCAUGCGGCAUGCUCAUGCUUGCCAAAUUACAUCGGACGUGCUCCUAAUUGUCGCCCUGAGUGUGUGAUCAAUGCUGAGUGUCCGAGUAAUUUGGCCUGCGUGAACGAGCGCUGCCGGGACCCUUGUCCUGGUGCUUGCGGCUCGCUCGCUGUUUGCAAUGUUGUCAGUCACAGUCCCAUGUGCACGUGUAUGCCCGGCUAUACCGGAGAGGCCUCUCGAGGCUGCUCGCCUAUUCCUGUGAUCACCCCCGAGAGAACUCCUCAGAAUCCCUGCGUGCCGUCACCUUGCGGAACAAAUGCUGAAUGCAGAGAAAGAAACGGAGCCGGCGCUUGCUAUUGCUUGCAAGGCUUCUUUGGUGAUCCUUACACCGGCUGCAAGCGAGAAUGCGAGUCGAACAAUGACUGCCCUAGUGUGAAGGCGUGCGUCAACUUCAAGUGCCACGACCCUUGUCCUGGUACCUGUGGACAAGACGCCAUCUGCUCGGUUUUGAACCACGUGCCAACUUGCAACUGCCCACCUGGCUACUCUGGAGAUCCAUUCUCCGCCUGCAGACUUAUUCCUGUGACAGAAAAACCGAGAAUCAAUCCUUGUGUGCCAUCGCCUUGUGGGCCCAACAGCCAGUGCAGAGAAAUCAACGGGCAGGCAGUUUGCUCGUGCUUGCCAACGUACAUUGGCUCGCCUCCCAAUUGCAGGCCAGAGUGUGUAGUCAGCUCUGAGUGCCCGCUUGAUAAGGCUUGCACUCAGCAGAAAUGCACCGAUCCUUGCCCCAACACCUGCGGCCUAGGAGCUCAUUGCACCGUCAAGAACCACAAUCCCAUUUGUGCUUGUCCUUCUGGCUUCAUUGGAGAUCCUUUCGUCAGAUGCAGCCCUCAACCCGUCGUUGUUGAGCCGCAAAGGACAACAGAGAGACCGCCAUCAUGCGUGCCAUCGCCGUGUGGACCACACUCUCAGUGCCAAAUCGUUGGAGAUAGACCAGCUUGCUCUUGCUUGCCUGGCUUCAUUGGAGCACCACCAAACUGCAGACCAGAAUGUGUUUUGAGUGCUGAAUGUCCUAGUCAACUCGCAUGCAUCAACAACAAGUGCAGGGACCCUUGUGUUGGAUCAUGUGGAGUCAACGCCAAGUGCCAUGUUAUUAAUCACACUCCAGUCUGUUCAUGUGAUACUGGAUACACUGGAGACCCAUUCACGCAAUGCACAUUCCUGCCGCCAUCAACACCUGCUCCAGUUGUGAAUGAACCUUGCAACCCGUCACCCUGCGGAUCAAACGCAAACUGCAGAGAAUCCAAUGGAAACGCGGUCUGCGAGUGCAUUCCAGAGCAUUUUGGCGAUCCAUACCAAGGCUGCCGUCCCGAGUGCGUCAUCAAUGACGAAUGUGACAGGAGCAAGGCUUGUCUCAGAAACAAGUGCAAGAACCCUUGCACCGGCACGUGCGGCCAAGGUGCCAUUUGCGACGUCAUUAAUCACAUCCCAGUGUGCUCGUGUCCUGCUGGCUACACUGGAGAUCCGUUCAAUUAUUGCCGACCUGAAGAAAAGAUUCCAGAAGCGAAGAAGAACCCUUGCUUGCCAUCACCUUGCGGACCGAACAGCCAAUGUAGGGAGAUACAGGGACAGGCCAUUUGCUCUUGCCUGCCUGGCUAUCAAGGCACUCCACCUGGCUGCAGACCUGAGUGCGUUGUCAGCUCAGAGUGCGCCUCAAACAGGGCUUGCGUCAAUCAGAAGUGCACUGACCCUUGUGUCGGUGCUUGCGGACUCAAUGCCAGGUGCGAGGUAAUCAAUCACAGCCCGAUUUGUAGCUGCAGACAGGGACAGACUGGUGAUCCAUUCAGAAGCUGCUACGAUUUGCCACCUCCUCCUAUUGAGCCUGUCGUCAAGAGAGAUCCUUGCCAGCCUAACCCUUGUGGACCCAACUCAAGGUGUGAGGUGCGAGGAGAGACUCCCUCUUGCUCGUGUCUGCCCAAUUACAUCGGAGCGCCACCAAACUGCAGGCCUGAAUGUGUGAUUAACCCAGACUGCCCAUCAAACAAGGCUUGCUCUAACAACAAGUGCAGAGAUCCUUGUCCUGGAUCGUGCGGAGAAAAUGCUGUUUGCCAAGUUGUGAACCACGCUGUCAUGUGCACGUGCUCGCCGGGAUAUACUGGAAAUCCAUUUAUCCAGUGCAUCAUCCAACAGAAGGAAAUCAUCAAUCCGUGCGAACCCUCCCCUUGCGGUGCUAAUGCUGAAUGCAAACAACGCAAUGGAGCAGGAGCUUGUUCUUGCAUUCCAGAUUAUUUUGGCAAUCCAUACGAAGGCUGCCGGCCCGAGUGUGUUCACAGCUCAGAUUGCGCUACUGACCGUGCAUGUAUUCAGAGCAAGUGCAAAGACCCAUGUCCUGGUAUCUGCGGUGAAAACGCCAUUUGCUCAGUGCUGAAUCAUGUGCCAACCUGCAACUGCUUCGAAGGCUAUUACGGUGAUCCAUUCACGUCUUGUCGUCUACAGCCCAAGCUGCCUGUGACCGAGGCAAGUGUCGUUGACCCUUGCAACCCAUCGCCAUGUGGGCCGAACAGCCAGUGCAGAGCAAUCAACGGCCAAGGAGUGUGCUCGUGCUUGCCAGAGUACAUUGGCUCCCCACCAAACUGCAGACCUGAGUGUGUUGUCAACACCGAAUGUCCCAUCAGCAAAGCCUGCAGCAACUACAAAUGCAGAGACCCGUGCGCUGGAAGCUGUGGUCUCAAUGCUCGCUGCCAGGUCAUCAACCACAACCCGAUCUGCUCAUGUCCUGCAGGCUACACGGGAGAUCCGUUUAACCGAUGCUUCAGGGAGCCACCACCUCCGCCACCUGCUCCUGAGGUCAAGAGAGAUCCCUGCGUGCCUAAUCCUUGCGGGCCCAACAGCCAGUGCAGAACGGUUGGAGAGAGUCCGUCGUGCUCAUGCUUGUCUGGAUUCAUUGGUGCACCGCCCAACUGCAGGCCAGAAUGUGUGGUCAACACCGAGUGUCCCAGCCAGCAGGCUUGCAUUGCUGAAAAGUGCAGAGACCCUUGCCCAGGAUCGUGCGGACUUUACGCCGAAUGCAGAGUACAGAACCACAUUCCGAUCUGUACUUGCCAAUCAGGCUACACUGGAGAUCCAUUCACUCAAUGCAGCAGGAUUAUUGUUCAAGAAGUUAAGAGGCCUGUUGAUCCGUGCAAUCCAUCACCUUGCGGUGCAAAUGCCAUCUGCAGAGACGGCAGCUGCACUUGCAUGCAGAACUACUUUGGUGAUCCUUACACAGGUUGCAGACCUGAAUGUGUGCUCAAUUCCGAUUGCGACCGCAAGAAGACUUGCAUUAACCAACGUUGCACUGACCCGUGCCCAGGAACCUGCGGACAAGGAGCUAGGUGUGACGUCAUCAACCACAUUCCAACUUGCUCUUGUCCUGAGGGCACGUCGGGAGAUCCAUUUGUCAACUGCAGAUACGUUGAGGCGAUUGUUGAGCGAUCCAACCCCUGUUCGCCAUCUCCUUGUGGACCGAACAGCCAAUGCCGUGAAAUCAAUGGUCAUGCUGUUUGCUCUUGCGUAUCUGGAUUCAUUGGAACACCACCAUCCUGCAGGCCAGAGUGCGUUUCAAGUGCUGAGUGUCCUCUGACACAAGCCUGUUUGAGCCAAAAAUGCCGAGACCCGUGCCCAGGAACAUGCGGACAAAACGCACGCUGCCAGGUGGUCAAUCACAACCCCAUCUGCAGUUGCUCUCAGGGCUUCACAGGAGAUCCAUUCAGCAGAUGCUACAUUAUUCAAGCUAUUGAAUCGCCAAAACCUGCGCUGAACCCAUGCCAGCCUUCACCUUGCGGCCCGAACUCGCAAUGCCAGGUGCGUGGAGACAGCCCAGCUUGUUCUUGCUCGCCAAACUACAUCGGCGCUCCACCUAACUGCCGGCCAGAGUGUGUUAUUAAUCCUGAGUGCUCCAGCAACAGAGCUUGUGUAAACCAAAAGUGUCAGGAUCCGUGCGUGGGAGCUUGUGGAUCAAACGCGCAAUGCCGUGUUGUAAACCACACUCCCAUGUGCACAUGCGACGUCGGCUACACCGGAGAUCCAUUCAGCUACUGCACACGCCAGCAAGAGCCAGUAGUAGCUGAAAAAUUAUCCCCGUGCACACCAUCACCUUGUGGAGCAAACGCUGUUUGCCAGGAAAGAAAUGGAGCUGGAGCUUGCAAGUGCUUGCCAGAAUAUAUUGGAAACCCGUAUGAAGGAUGCAGACCAGAGUGUGUCUCAAACUCUGACUGCGCACACAACAAGGCUUGCGUGCUCAACAAAUGUGCAGACCCCUGUCCAGGAACCUGUGGCACAAAUGCUGAAUGCAUUGUUUAUAACCAUGCUCCAUCGUGCAGUUGUAGACAGGGUUACACAGGAGAUCCGUUCAGAUAUUGCUCACUCAUUCCCCAGCCAGUUCUGGCAGUCAAAGAGGAAGUUGACCCCUGUUUGCCAUCUCCUUGUGGCCAAUAUAGUCAAUGCAGAAACGUCAAUAAGCAAGGCGUGUGCUCAUGCCUUCCAGGCUAUCAAGGCAGCCCUCCUAACUGCAAACCAGAGUGCAUUGUUAACGCUGAAUGCCCAGCAACCCGAGCUUGCAGCAAUCUGAAGUGUAUUGACCCUUGCGCUGGAACCUGCGGCCAAAACGCGCAGUGCCGAGUCAUAAAUCAUAGCCCGAUUUGCACUUGCUACCAAGGAUACACUGGAGAUCCGUUCUCUAGAUGUCAACCACUACCACCUCCUCCACCUCCACCAAAGCAACCAGUUCAUGUUGACCCAUGCGUGCCGUCACCAUGUGGACCUUAUUCUCAGUGCAGAGAUAUUGGCGGUUCGCCAUCUUGCUCAUGUCUCGCCAAUUACAUUGGAGCGCCCCCGAACUGCAGGCCUGAAUGUAUUGUCAACUCAGAAUGCCCAAGCAACAAGGCUUGUAUGCGGGAAAAAUGUCGUGACCCGUGCCCAGGCGCCUGUGGUUUCCAAGCUGAGUGCUCGGUGGUCAACCACACGCCAAUGUGCACAUGCAUCCAAGGCUAUGUCGGCGAUCCAUUCACGAAUUGCAGACCAAGACCUGUUGAGGAGCCACGACCUAUCAUCACCGACCCUUGCAACCCUUCGCCCUGUGGGCCGAAUGCUCAGUGCAGAGAUGGAUCUUGCACUUGUCUUCCUGAGUUCCAAGGCGAUCCAUACGUUGGUUGCAGACCUGAAUGUAUUUUGAGCACUGACUGUCCCCGAGAAAAGGCUUGCAUUAGACAGAAAUGCGUCGACCCUUGUCCAGGAACUUGUGGUCAAAAUGCAAGGUGUGACGUCAUCAAUCACGUUCCCAUGUGCAGUUGUCCACCUGGAUUUUCUGGAAGUCCAUUCAUUGAAUGUAGACCUCACAGAGAGCCCAUCAAAGCACAACCAUGCACACCAUCACCUUGUGGACCAAACAGUCAGUGUAGGGAAAUCAAUGAUCAGGCUGUUUGCUCGUGCGUGCCUGGUUAUAUUGGAAGUCCGCCGACAUGCAGACCAGAGUGUGUCACGAAUUCAGAGUGUCCUCUCAGCGAAGCUUGCAGCAACCAAAAAUGCAGAGACCCUUGCCCUGGAACAUGUGGUGUAGGCGCAAAAUGCAGCGUUAAUAAUCACAACCCCAUUUGCAGCUGCCCCUCUAGAUUCAGUGGAGAUCCAUUCAUUCGUUGCAUUCCUAUUCGUGAAGAGCCAGUGACUACCAGACCGUCAAAUCCGUGUCAACCAUCGCCUUGCGGUCCAAAUGCUCAGUGUCAAGUCAGGGGUGACAGUCCUUCAUGCUCUUGUCUGCCGAACUUUGUAGGAGCUCCACCUAACUGCAGACCAGAAUGCGUUAGCAACAGCGAGUGUCAAAGCAAUCGAGCUUGUAUGAACCAAAAAUGCAGAGACCCUUGCACUGGUUCAUGUGGUGCUAAUGCUGAGUGUCGAGUUGUCAGUCACACACCAAUGUGCACCUGCAUCCCUGGUUUCACUGGAGAUCCGUUCACGCAGUGUUUGCAAGUUAGAGAACCAGUAGUUGAGGAAUCCAGGCCGUGUGUCCCGUCACCUUGUGGUGCAAAUGCUGAAUGUAGGGAGCAAAAUGGUGCUGGAGCUUGCACUUGUUUGCCUGAAUAUAUCGGAAACCCAUACGAAGGGUGCAGACCUGAAUGUAGCGUAAACACCGAUUGCCAAUCAAACAAGGCUUGCAUGAGCAGCAAAUGCCGAGACCCAUGCCCUGGAACUUGCGGACCAAAUGCUCAGUGCCAAGUUGUAAACCACCAAGCAACCUGCACUUGUUUCCCAGGGUAUACUGGUGAUCCGUUCAGAUACUGCAGUCCAAAUCCUCCUGAACCUGUUGUUCAAGAGGCCAGAAAUCCUUGUCAGCCAUCACCUUGUGGACCAAACAGCCAGUGCAGAGAAAUUAAUGGACAAGCUGUUUGUUCAUGUUUGCCUGGAUACCAAGGAAGUCCACCAGGUUGCAGACCAGAAUGCGUUGUGAGCGCAGAGUGCUCUCAAAACAGAGCUUGUAACAACCAAAAAUGCACUGACCCUUGCACUGGAACUUGCGGACAAAACGCUCAGUGCAGCGUCAUUAAUCACAGCCCAAUUUGUAGCUGUCAGCAGGGCUACACUGGCGAUCCAUUCACAAGAUGCUAUCCCGUUCCUCCUCCUCCACCGCCUAAGGAGCCAGCAGUUUACAGAGAUCCUUGUCAGCCUUCUCCUUGCGGACUGUUCUCUCAAUGCAGAGAUAUCGGUGGAGCACCUUCUUGUUCUUGUCUGUCUGGAUACACAGGAGCUCCACCUAACUGCCGACCUGAAUGUGUAGUGAAUUCUGAAUGUCCAAGCAACAAGGCCUGCAUGAGAGAGAAAUGCAGGGAUCCUUGUCCUGGUUCUUGUGGCCAGAAUGCUCAGUGCUCAGUCUUCAACCACAUACCGAUGUGUACUUGUAUUCAAGGCUACGUUGGUGAUCCCUUCACAGCGUGUAAUCCAGCUCCCCCACCACCACGUGAACCAGUCGUAACUGAUCCUUGCAAUCCUUCACCAUGUGGACCAAAUGCUCAAUGUCGCGAUGGCUCUUGCACUUGUCUGCCUGAAUUCCAGGGAGAUCCAUAUGUAGGUUGCAGACCAGAAUGUGUGUUGAGCACAGACUGCUCUAGAGAUAAAGCCUGCAUGCAGAGAAAGUGCAGAGACCCCUGUCCAGGAACAUGUGGACAGAGCGCAAUUUGCACAGUGAGCAACCACAUUCCAAUGUGUAGCUGCCCAUUUGGCAUGCAAGGAGACCCAUUCAUUUCCUGCAGACCUGCUCCAACUCCUGUAAAAGCUCAACCAUGCCAACCAAGCCCCUGCGGUCCAAACAGCCAGUGCCGAGAAAUCAAUGAGCAAGCGGUUUGCUCGUGUGUACCUGGUUUCAUUGGAUCACCGCCUUCUUGCCGUCCAGAAUGUGUAACAAGCUCGGAAUGUGGACAGAACGAGGCUUGUGUUAAUCAAAAGUGCAAAGACCCUUGUCCUGGAACGUGUGGUGUUGGCGCGAAAUGCAGCGUUAUCAACCACAAUCCUAUUUGCAGUUGUCCAAGCCGAUAUACUGGUGAUCCAUUUACCAGAUGUUAUCCUGAACCUGAACCAGUUGUGCAGCCUCCAAGUAACCCUUGCCAGCCAUCUCCAUGCGGGCCAAACGCUCAAUGCCAAGUUCGAGGAGAAAGUCCAUCUUGCUCCUGUUUGCCUAAUUUCAUUGGUGCGCCACCUAACUGCAGACCUGAGUGUGUAAGCAACAGCGAAUGCCCAAGUAACCGCGCCUGCACCAACCAGAAGUGCAGAGAUCCCUGUCCAGGGUCUUGCGGUGCCAAUGCUGAAUGCAGAGUUGUUGGCCACACUCCAAUGUGCGUUUGUGUUGUCGGCUACACUGGAGAUCCGUUCAGCCAAUGCUUCCCUCAACCUGUACCAGUUGUGGAACAAUCUCGACCUUGUGUACCAUCUCCUUGUGGAGCAAAUGCAGAAUGUAGGGAACAAAAUGGAGCUGGCGCGUGCACAUGCUUGCCAGAGUAUAUAGGAAAUCCAUAUGAAGGCUGCCGUCCAGAAUGCGUCGUCAGCUCUGACUGCAGCAGCAACAGAGCUUGCAUGUCGAGCAAAUGUAAGGACCCUUGUCCAGGAACUUGCGGUCAAAAUGCUCAGUGCCAGGUUGUCAACCACCAACCUUCAUGCACAUGCUUCCCUGGCUACACAGGGGAUCCAUUCAGAUACUGUAAUCCAACUCCACCUGAACCUGUGGUGCAAGAGCCGAGGAACCCUUGUCAACCUUCCCCUUGUGGUCCAAACAGUCAAUGCAGAGAAAUAAAUGGUCAAGCAGUUUGCUCUUGCACGCCAGGAUAUCAGGGCAGUCCUCCGAACUGUAGACCUGAGUGUGUGGUCAGCGCUGAAUGCGCUCAAAAUAGAGCUUGCUCAAACCAAAAGUGCACUGAUCCUUGCACUGGAACUUGUGGUCAAAGCGCAAACUGCCAAGUUAUAAAUCACAGUCCAAUUUGUAGCUGUCAAAAUGGCUAUACAGGAGAUCCUUUCACAAGAUGCUUCCCGAUACCACCGACGCCACCACCAAGAGAACCAAUUGUAAACAGGGAUCCUUGUCAGCCUACACCUUGCGGACCCUUCUCUCAGUGCAGAGAUAUUGGAGGCUCACCUUCCUGCUCAUGUUUAUCUGGUUACAUUGGUUCACCACCAAACUGUAGACCAGAAUGCGUCGUGAACUCUGAGUGCUCAAGCAACAGGGCUUGUAUGAGAGAAAAAUGUAGGGACCCAUGCCCAGGAUCUUGCGGUCAGAACGCAGAAUGUUCGGUGUUUAACCACAUUCCUAUGUGCACAUGUAUUCAAGGAUACGUUGGAGAUCCAUUUGUCAACUGUCAACCAGCACCUAAACCACCACCAGAACCAGUUGUCACAGACCCAUGCAACCCAUCACCAUGUGGACCAAAUGCAAAUUGCAGAAAUGGAGCUUGCACUUGUAUUCCUGAAUAUCAGGGUGAUCCUUAUCAAGGCUGUCGACCUGAAUGUGUCUUGAGCCAAGAUUGCUCAAGGGACAAAGCUUGCAUCAGGCAAAAGUGUGUCGAUCCUUGUCCAGGAACUUGCGGAACUGGCGCUGUUUGUACUGUUAGCAACCACAUUCCAAUGUGUAGUUGCCCACCAGGAUUCUCUGGAAGUCCGUUUAUUGAAUGCAGACCAGUCAGAGAACCUGUUUUGACUCAGCCUUGCCAACCUUCUCCUUGUGGUCCCAACAGCCAAUGCAGAGAAAUAAACGGCCAAGCAGUUUGCUCUUGUGUUCCUGGAUUUAUUGGCUCACCACCAUCCUGUCGCCCUGAAUGUGUCACAAGCUCUGAGUGUGCUCAAAACGAAGCCUGCAACAACCAGAAGUGCAGAGACCCAUGUCCUGGAACUUGCGGUCUGAAUGCCAAAUGCAGCGUGAUCAACCACAAUCCUAUCUGCAGUUGUCCACCUCGCUAUUCUGGAGAUCCAUUUAUCCGCUGUACUCCCAUUGUCGACGAGCCAGUUGCUGCUCCUGUCAACCCUUGCCAGCCUUCUCCUUGUGGACCAAAUGCUCAGUGCCAGGUCAGAGGAGAAAGUCCGUCAUGCUCUUGUUUGCCGAAUUAUAUUGGAGCACCGCCAAAUUGCCGGCCAGAAUGUGUCAGCAACAGUGAGUGCCAAAGCAACAGAGCCUGCAUCAACCAAAAGUGUGGCGAUCCUUGUCCUGGUUCCUGCGGUGCUAACGCUGAAUGUAGAGUCGUCAGUCACACACCAAUGUGCCUGUGUGUUGCUGGCUUCACUGGUGAUCCAUUUACACAGUGUUUGCCAGCCAGAGAACCUGUUGUUGAACAAACUAGACCUUGCGUUCCUUCGCCUUGUGGGGCCAAUGCGGAAUGCAGAGAGCAGAAUGGAGCUGGAGCUUGCACUUGUUUGCCUGAAUACAUCGGAAACCCUUACGAGGGUUGCCGACCUGAGUGUGUCAUCAACACUGACUGCCAGUCGAACAGAGCCUGCAUGAGCAGCAAAUGCAAAGACCCUUGCCCAGGAACGUGUGGCCAGAAUGCUCAGUGCCAAGUCGUGAACCACCAGUCACUUUGCACUUGCUUCCCCGGCUAUACUGGAGAUCCUUUCAGAUUUUGCAGCCCGAAUCCUCCUGAACCUGUUGUCCAAGAGCCCAGAAAUCCGUGCCAACCGUCACCUUGCGGACCAAAUAGUCAGUGCAGGGAGAUUAAUGGACAGGCUGUUUGCUCUUGUAUUCCUGGAUACCAAGGAAGUCCUCCAAAUUGCAGACCAGAGUGCGUUGUCAGUGCUGAAUGUGCUCAAAAUCGUGCUUGCAACAACCAGAAAUGCACUGAUCCUUGCACUGGAACUUGCGGACAAAACGCUCAGUGUAGCGUCAUUAAUCACAGUCCAAUCUGCAGCUGUCAACAAGGAUAUACUGGCGAUCCAUUUACAAGAUGUUAUCCUAUUCCUCCACCACCACAAGAACCAGCCGUUUACAAGGACCCAUGCCAACCUUCACCUUGUGGACCAUUCUCUCAGUGCAGAGACAUUGGUGGAGCUCCCUCUUGCUCUUGUUUGUCUGGAUAUAUUGGAGCACCACCAAAUUGCCGACCUGAGUGCGUUGUGAACUCUGAAUGUUCGAGCAACAGGGCAUGCAUGAGGGAGAAGUGCGGAGACCCUUGCCCAGGUUCUUGCGGUCAAAACGCAGAAUGUAACGUUCACAACCACAUUCCGAUGUGCACAUGUAUCCAAGGCUAUAUUGGCGACCCAUUCACCAGUUGUCGCCCUGCACCACCACCUCCUCCCGAACCUGUUGAAACUGACCCUUGCAAUCCAUCUCCCUGUGGGCCAAAUGCUCAAUGCAGAAACGGCCAAUGCACAUGCUUACCAGAAUUCCAGGGCGACCCAUAUCAGGGUUGCAGGCCAGAGUGCGUUCUCAGCACUGACUGCUCCAGAGAAAAAGCUUGCAUGCAAAAGAAGUGCAGAGAUCCAUGCCCUGGAACUUGUGGACAGAGUGCAAUUUGUACUGUGAGCAAUCAUAUUCCAAUGUGUAGUUGUCCUACUGGUAUGCAAGGAGAUCCAUUCAUUUCUUGUCGACCUGCGCCAGCUCCUGUUGUCACACAACCAUGCCAACCAAGCCCUUGUGGGCCAAACAGUCAGUGCAGAGAAAUUAAUGGACAGGCUGUUUGUUCCUGUGUACCUGGUUUCAUUGGAUCGCCACCUUCUUGCCGACCAGAAUGUGUCACAAGUUCCGAAUGUGGUCAAAAUGAGGCUUGUGUCAACCAGAAAUGCAAAGACCCUUGUCCUGGAACUUGCGGCAUUGGAGCAAAAUGCAGCGUCAUUAACCACAAUCCAAUCUGCAGCUGUCCAUCUCGCUACACAGGCGAUCCAUUCACAAGAUGCUAUCCUGAACCUGAGCCUGUUGUUCAACCGCAAGGAAACCCUUGCCAACCAUCGCCAUGUGGACCAAAUGCCCAAUGUCAAGUCAGAGGAGACAGCCCAUCUUGCUCUUGUUUGCCAACCUUCAUUGGUGCUCCACCAAACUGCAGACCAGAGUGCGUCAGCAACAGCGAAUGCCAGAGUAAUAGGGCGUGCAUUAAUCAGAAGUGUGGUGAUCCUUGUCCUGGCUCUUGCGGAGCCAACGCUGAAUGCAGAGUUGUCAGCCACACCCCAAUGUGCAUUUGCAUCCAAGGCUUCACAGGAGAUCCGUUCACUCAAUGCUCGCCAGUUAGACAGCCAGUUGUUGAGCAAUCUCGGCCUUGUGUUCCAUCGCCAUGUGGAGCUAAUGCCGAGUGCAGAGAGCAAAACGGAGCUGGUGCCUGCACAUGCUUGCCAGAAUACAUUGGAAAUCCGUACGAGGGUUGCAGACCUGAAUGUACCAUCAACCCCGACUGUCCCUCCAAUAAGGCUUGCAUGAGCAGCAAAUGCAAAGACCCUUGCCCUGGAACAUGCGGACAAAAUGCUCAAUGUCAAGUUGUGAAUCAUCAAGCUACUUGUACUUGCUUCCCAGGAUACACUGGGGAUCCAUUUAGAUUCUGCAGACCUCAUGAGCCUGAACCUGUUCUUUCUGAACCUACAAACCCAUGCCAGCCUUCUCCUUGUGGCCCCAACAGCCAAUGCAGGGAAAUAAAUGGACAGGCUGUUUGCUCUUGUCAAGUUGGUUAUCAAGGAAGCCCACCAAACUGCAGACCAGAAUGUGUUGUCAGUGCUGAAUGUGCCCAAAACAGGGCUUGCAACAAUCAGAAGUGCACUGACCCUUGCAUCGGUGCUUGCGGACAAAAUGCUAAUUGCCAGGCUAUCAAUCACAGUCCCAUUUGCUCUUGCAUUCAAGGGUACACUGGAGAUCCUUUCUCAAGAUGCUAUCCUAUUCCUCCUCCUCCACAAGAGAGGCCAGAGCCUGUUAUCACAAACCCUUGUGUUCCAUCUCCUUGUGGGCCAAAUGCUGUUUGCCAGGCUGUUGGGCAAAACCCAUCAUGCUCUUGCUUGCCUGGCUACAUAGGCAGCCCACCAAACUGCAGGCCUGAGUGUAUUGUGAGCUCUGAGUGUGCCAGCAACAAGGCUUGCAUGAGAGAAAAAUGUAGAGACCCAUGCCCAGGCGCUUGUGGCUAUAAUGCUCAGUGCACAGUAAUAAACCAUCUGCCAAUGUGCACUUGCAUUCAGGGCUAUGUUGGCGAUCCUUUCACUAGUUGUCAACCGAAACCUGAAGAUCCUAAGCCUGUUAUCACUGAUCCUUGCAACCCAUCACCUUGCGGACCAAAUGCUCAGUGUAGGGAUGGCGCGUGCACCUGCUUACCUGAAUACCAAGGAGACCCGUAUCAGGGAUGUAGACCUGAGUGCGUUAUAAGCCAAGAUUGCCCCAGGGAGAAGGCCUGUAUGCGGCAAAAGUGCAAAGAUCCCUGUCCAGGAACCUGCGGCCAAAAUGCACGCUGUGAUGUUAUAAACCAUGUUCCUAUGUGCAGCUGCAACCCUGGUUUCAGUGGAAAUCCAUUCAUAAUCUGCAAUCCCGUUCAAGAACCAAUCAAAACACAACCAUGCAACCCAUCUCCAUGCGGACCGAACAGUCAAUGCAGAGAAAUCAAUGACCAAGCUGUUUGUUCGUGCAUUGUUGGCUUUAUGGGCUCACCACCUAACUGUCGUCCAGAAUGUGUCGUUAACACUGACUGCCCGCUUACUGAGGCUUGCUCGAAUCAAAAAUGUAGAGAUCCUUGUCCCGGAACAUGCGGCGUGGGAGCAAAGUGCAGUGUGAUCAAUCACAAUCCCAUUUGCAGCUGCCCAACGAGAUACACAGGAGAUCCAUUCACAAGAUGCUAUCCAACACCGGAACCGGUUGUCACUCCCACGGAUCCAUGCCAGCCAUCACCUUGCGGUCCUAAUGCUCAAUGCCAAGUCCGAGGAGAAAGCCCAUCAUGCUCUUGUUUGCCGACAUACAUUGGCGCGCCACCAAACUGCCGGCCUGAAUGCGUCAGCAACAGUGAAUGCCCGAGUAACAAAGCUUGCAUGAACCAAAAAUGCGGUGACCCUUGCCCAGGGGUUUGUGGAAACAAUGCCCUGUGUAGAGUUGUCAGCCACACUCCUCAAUGCUACUGCCAACCAGGCUACGAAGGAGAUCCGUUCAGGCAGUGUGCCGUGCCAUUAGUAACAGAGUCAAGACCUGCUGUCAAACCUUGCGUUCCUUCUCCCUGCGGAGCCAAUGCAAUCUGCAGAGAGCAAAACGGUGCUGGCGCUUGCAUCUGCCAGCCUGACUACUUUGGCAACCCUUACGAAGGCUGCAGACCUGAAUGUGUGGUCAACUCGGACUGUCCUUCGCAUAGAUCUUGUGUGAAUCAAAAGUGCAAGGAUCCUUGCCCAGGCACAUGUGGACCCAACGCGCAGUGUCAAGUCAUAAAUCACUUGCCGACUUGCACUUGCUUUGCUGGAUAUACUGGUGAUCCAUUCAGAUACUGCAGUCCGAUCCCACAAGCUGUUGUACAAGAACCAACAAAUCCAUGCCAGCCAUCACCUUGUGGACCAAAUAGCCAGUGCAGAGAAAUUAACGGACAAGCUGUUUGCUCAUGCAUUGCUGGAUAUCAAGGCAGCCCGCCCAACUGCAGACCGGAAUGCGUGGUUAACCCUGAAUGCCCUCACAAUAGAGCCUGUGUUAGCCAGAAAUGCAAAGAUCCUUGCCCUGGCACUUGCGGCCAAAAUGCUCAAUGUAGCGUUAUCAACCACAGUCCGAUUUGCAGCUGCCAACAAGGCUAUACAGGAGACCCGUUCUCUCGAUGCUACCCUAUUCCUCCACCUCCGCCUCGUCCAACGCAGCCUGCCAUUGUUGACCCAUGCUUGCCGAAUCCUUGUGGCCCUUACUCAACCUGCAGAGACAUUGGUGGCACUCAUUCGUGCGCCUGCUUGCCAAACUACUUCGGCAGCCCGCCAAACUGUAGACCUGAGUGUUCAGUCAACUCUGACUGCGCCAGCAACAAGGCUUGCAUGAGAGAGAGAUGCAGCGACCCAUGCCCUGGUUCGUGCGGAUCUGGUGCUCAGUGCUCUGUGAUCAACCACACUCCCAUGUGUACUUGCCCUGCUGGCUACAUUGGUGAUCCAUUCGUCAACUGCUACCCGAAACCACCUGAGCCCAAACCGGUUAUCACUGACCCUUGCAAUCCAUCGCCAUGUGGUCCGAACGCCAACUGCAGAGACGGAGUUUGCACGUGUAUUCCUGAGUAUCACGGAGAUCCAUACCAAGGCUGCAGACCAGAGUGCGUCAUCAGCCAGGACUGCUCAAGAGACAAAGCUUGCAUCAGACAGAAGUGUAAAGAUCCUUGCCCAGGCACUUGCGGUCAGAACGCUCGAUGCGAUGUUGUAAACCAUGUGCCAAUGUGCAGUUGCAAUGCUGGCUACACAGGGAAUCCAUUCGUCAUCUGCAAUCCCUAUGAGCCAGUUAAAAUCCAAGAUCCUUGCAACCCAUCACCUUGUGGCCCGAACAGUCAGUGCCGUGAUAUCAACGGCCAAGCUGUUUGUUCGUGCCUUUCUGGUUUUAUUGGCACGCCACCUUCUUGUAGACCAGAGUGCGUAACCAACUCUGAAUGCAGACAGAAUGAAGCUUGCAUCAAUCAAAAGUGCAAAGAUCCGUGCCCUGGUACUUGUGGUCUUAAUGCACGAUGUGAAGUGAGAAAUCACAAUGCAAUUUGCACUUGUCCUGCUGGCUCGACGGGAGAUCCAUUCUCACGAUGCUAUCCUAUUCCGCUCCCGCCUCGUCAGCCAGCAGUUGCACAAGAUCCAUGCUUCCCAUCACCUUGUGGUCCAAAUGCAGAUUGCAAAGACAUUGGUGGAAGUCCGUCUUGCUCUUGUAGACCCACAUACAUUGGGUCACCUCCAAACUGCAGACCAGAAUGUGUUUCAAACUCUGAAUGCGACAGGAGCAAGGCUUGCAUUCGCCAAAAAUGCCAAGAUCCCUGUCCAGGAUCAUGCGGACUCGAGGCUCAAUGCCGUGUGGUGAUGCAUGUUCCUAACUGUUUCUGCCCAACAGGUUAUAUUGGAGAUCCAUUCACAAGAUGCUAUCCAGCUCCUCCAGAGCCACAACCUAAGCCAGUUGAUAUUCAGCGCCCUUGCCAGCCGUCGCCUUGCGGCUCAAACGCAGUUUGCCGUGAGGAGAACAGCUAUGCUGUGUGCGAGUGUCUGCCUGAAUACUUCGGCAACCCGUACGAAGGCUGCAGGCCUGAGUGCUUGGUCAGCUCCGACUGCGCCAUGAACAGGGCUUGCAUCCGUAACAAAUGCAAGGAUCCUUGCCCUGGUACUUGCGGCUUUGAGGCGGUUUGCACUGUCACCAACCACAUCCCAGUGUGCAGUUGUCCUCCGGGAACAACUGGAGACGCCUUCCGCUCUUGCUCGUUGGUUCCUGUGAAAAUUGAGCCUGUUGAAUCUGACCCCUGCAACCCUUCACCGUGUGGACCAAACGCUCGCUGCACUAUUGGCCCCAACGGACACGCCAUGUGUGAGUGUCUGCCUGGAUACUUCGGCAGCCCAUACUCUGGAUGCAGGCCUGAGUGCGUGCUCAGCGCAGACUGCCCAAGAGACAAGGCUUGUGUCAGACAGAAAUGUGUUGACCCUUGCCCUGGAGUUUGCGGCUUCUCGGCUAGGUGUAGUGUCAUCAACCACAGCCCGAUCUGCAUGUGCCCUGCACCUUUGACCGGAGAUCCAUUUGUCGAAUGCAGAGAAAUGCCUGUUAUUCGUGAUCCAUGCAAUCCUUCGCCUUGCAAUGUCAACGGUCAAUGCAAAGUGGUCAACGGCGCUGCUGCUUGCUACUACCCUGAAUGUGUCAUUAACCAAGACUGCCCGCGAGACAAGGCUUGCUUUGGCCAAAAAUGCAAAGAUCCUUGCGUCGACGCUUGUGGCUUCAACGCCCUGUGCCAGGUUGUUAAUCACAACCCUGUGUGCAGUUGCCCUGCUGGUUUCAUUGGCUCGGCUCGUGUUGAAUGCAAGAGGCAGCCAAUUGAGGCUCCAAGGCCCGAAUGCACAGACAACUCUGAGUGCAGCAACGACAAGGCUUGCAUCAACGAGAAAUGCAGAAAUCCUUGCGCGGAAUAUCCUAACGCGUGCGGCUCCAAUGCUGAAUGUCACGUCAGGAUGCACAGACCCAUCUGCUCGUGCAAGGAUGGCUAUACUGGCUCUGCUCAAAGCAUAUGUUAUGAAAUUGGAUGUAGAUCUGAUUCUGAGUGUCCACCAACUGAAGCGUGCGUGAAUCGCCAGUGUGAAGAUCCGUGCAGAUAUACGCAGUGCGGUGUUGGCGCUCGCUGCAGAGUUGAAGGACACCAGGCUCGCUGCUACUGUCCCGACAACUACCGCGGCGAUGCUUACAGCCAGUGCACUCGUCCUGAGUGCACCGCAGACCACGAGUGCCCCAACCACUUGGCGUGCAGGAACGAGCGCUGCGAAGAUCCUUGCCGAUGCGCACCUGGAGCUCAGUGCAGAGUCACAAAUCACGUUCCUAGGUGCUCAUGCCCUCCUGGGUUCAUGGGAGAUCCUUACACCGCUUGCAACGUUGAGCCUGUUUUGGCUCCUGCUCCUGAAUGUACCAUGGACGCUGAUUGCUCCAGCAAGCUGGCGUGCUUCAGUGGAGAAUGCAAGAACCCGUGCAGAGAAACCAAGCCAUGUGGAGCCAACAGCGAGUGCACUGUCGUUGACACGUUGCCCCUCAGAACCAUGGUUUGCAUUUGCUUGCCAGGUUUUGUGGGAGAUGCUGAUGUUGAGUGCAGACCAGCACCGCUAGAACAGCCUGGUUGCAAGAGUGACAGUGAAUGUCCAUCCACUCAGACCUGCAUCAACAGACAGUGUGUCAACCCAUGCACUAUGUCCAAUCCUUGCGCCAAUAGUGCUGAAUGCCAACCUGAGAAUCAUAGGGCUAACUGCAAAUGUCCUUCAGGACUGCGCGGUGAUCCAUUCAUCAACUGCUACAAACAACCAGUUCUUGAGCCAGAGUGCACAGUUGACUCGCAGUGCAGUACGAACAAGGCGUGCAUUGGUCAGAUGUGCCAGGAUCCUUGCUUGGUCAGCAACAGGUGCGGCAUCGAUGCAGUUUGCAGAACAGAACAACACAGAGCUGUUUGCCACUGUCCUGAUGGAUGGGGUGGCAACCCUCAAUCUCGAUGCUACAAACCUGAAUGCAACGUUGACUCUGAUUGUCCUUAUGACCGCGCUUGCAUUGGACAAAAGUGCCUCGAUCCUUGCCGUGUGACAACUUGCGGCAGAGGUGCAGAAUGCCGAGUGCAAGCCCACCAGGCGCUCUGCUUCUGCCCUCAGGGCACUCAGGGUAACGCGAUCACAUCUUGCGUGGCCGUCCAGUGCCAGUACAACGAGGACUGCGCUGACCAUGAGGCUUGCGACCGCCUCAACAGGGUCUGCAGGCCGGUGUGCGAAGAAGACACUUGCGCCCCGUCGGCACAGUGCAUUGGAAGAAUGCAUCAGGCCAUGUGCACAUGCCCAGCCGGUACAGUUGGCGACCCAUACAGCCAGUGCAGAGCUCGCGAGCCUGUCGAAGCCCCCGAGUGCGUGCAAGACGGAGACUGUCCGUCGCAGCACGCUUGUAUCAACAAGAAAUGCCAGAAUCCUUGCAGAAUCUCGCAGCUUUGUUCGCCGGACCAGAAUUGCAGAGUGCAAGACACCUUGCCGCUCAGAACUGUCAUGUGCGAGUGCCCACCGGACACUAUCACUGACCAGAACGGAGUUUGCAGACCAAUUUUGUCACCCACUUCUCAAUGCCAAAUCGACAACGACUGCCCCAACCCUGACAAAUGCAUCAGAGGAAACUGCAUCGUGGCUUGUCGUGUGGACCAAUGCGGAACAAACGCGCUAUGCACGUCACAAGAUCACAGGUCCAUCUGCUCUUGCGCGCCUGGCUAUAUUGGAAACCCCAACGUUGAGUGCACAAAUGAACCUAAGACACCAACUCUGCCACCACCACCUCAGUGCGUGGUGAAUGAUGACUGUCCAUUGCAGAGGUCCUGUCGCAAUCAACUUUGCGUAAACCCUUGCGCAGUCGGCGACCCGUGUGGAAGAGGCGCUUUCUGUCAUAUUGAAAAUCACAAUCCAGUUUGCAGAUGUCCUGCUGGAUUUGUUGGCAACCCUAAAACCGAGUGUAUUCCUCCUCCCGUGAAUAUUGUUGGCUGCAAAUCAAACUCUGAGUGUCCCGAUGUCGAGACUUGCGUCAAUGGCCGGUGCAUCGAUCCAUGCAACUGUGGUCCUAACUCUGACUGCAGGGUUCAGAAUCACUACGCCAUUUGCUCGUGCAAACCUGGAUACUCAGGCAAUCCACUCUACGGCUGCCAGAAGAUCGGCUGCCAAUCUGACAGUGAGUGCUCAGACAACCAACAGUGCUACAACGGCGAGUGUCUGAACCCGUGCCUUUUGUCCAACCCUUGCGCCAUCAACGCCGAGUGCUACGCAAGUAACCACAGAGCAGCCUGCAAAUGCCAACCUGGCUAUGAAGGAAAUCCAUUCGAAAAAUGCGAGCGCUCCGAGUGCCGCGUCAGCCAAGACUGCCCGAGCAACAGGGCCUGCAUGGACAGACGCUGCGUUGAUCCUUGCUUUGUGUAUUCUGACCGCGCCCCUUGCGCCAGCAAUGCCAUUUGUUACGCCCAGAACCACGCUGCCAGCUGCAGAUGCCCAGAGCAACUGCCUAGAGGAGAUCCAUUCGCCUAUUGUCAGGCAGAGCGUGCGCCUCCUCUCAACACUCCAGAAUGCCAAGUCGACUCUGAUUGCGCCAGCGGACUUGCUUGCCUCAGCGAAAAAUGCAGAGACCCUUGCAGAGAGCUUACACCUUGCUCUUCCACCGCCAGGUGCAUGGUUCUCGACUCCGUGCCGCUAAGGACCAUGACCUGCACUUGUCCCGAGGGAUGGGUGCCAAACUCUGCGGGAGAAUGCAAAGCAGUCGUGCUGCCAGUUCCUCCUGGCUGCACCGCAGACUCUGACUGUCCAACCACGGAGGCCUGCAUCAAUAGAAUGUGCCGCAAUCCUUGUGACUGUGGCAACAACGCCAACUGCUUUGUGCAAAACCACAGGCCUGUCUGCUCCUGCAGAGAAGGCUAUGAAGGCAAUCCCAACAUCGCUUGUCACACAGUUGGCUGCCGAAGCAACUCCGAAUGCGAUUCUGGAAAGGCUUGCGUCAAUGGCAACUGCAUCGAUCCCUGUUUGGUCAAUGACCCUUGCGGAACUCAUGCCGAAUGUUACACCUCUGGCUACAGAGCUCAGUGUCGCUGCAGAAGCGGAUACAGAGGAGAUCCAUAUGUUGGUUGCAGAGUCGUCGGAUGUCGCAGCAACAACGACUGCCCCUCUGAUAGGGCUUGCAUUGACACUCAGUGCGUUGACCCUUGCGUCCACACCAGCAACAACAGACCACCUUGCGCGCCAAACGCCAAUUGCCAGCCAAGAUCCCACGCAGCCAUGUGCCGCUGCCCGCCUGGCUAUGAAGGAAAUCCAUAUGCUGGUGCCGGCUGCAGACCUGAGCCGAAACCAGAGUGCACAAGGGACGCAGACUGCCCGUCAACGUACGCCUGCAUCAACGAGCGCUGCGGAGACCCAUGCGCCGAGCACAGGCCCUGCAACGCUCCAGCCAAGUGCACAGUGGUGCCCGAUUCGCUACCAGUUCGCACAAUGAUCUGCAAGUGUCCUGACGGAUAUGUGAGCAACGGGAACGGCGCCUGCAAGGCCAUUCCACCAGUCACCAAGGUUGGGUGCACAGCUGACACCGAGUGCCCAACGGACAAGGCCUGCAUCAAUGGAGUGUGCAGAGAUCCUUGCAACUGCGGUGCGAACGCCGAGUGCAGAGUUGCAGAGCACAGACCUGUCUGCACUUGCAAACUUGGCUUUGAAGGAAAUCCGGAAAUUCAGUGCGCAAGAGUUGGCUGUUUGAGCGACGACGAAUGCUCUGGCAGAGACUCGUGCGUCAAUCAGCAUUGUGUGCCUGUUUGCAAGACCACCAGCUGCGGCGAAGGAGCCAUUUGCUACGGAGUUAACCACAAACCUAUCUGCGAAUGUCCUUCAGGCCUCAGUGGCAACGCCAAGGUGGCUUGCUCUGCUGUGGGCUGCCGCUCAGACUCGGAAUGCCCGUCAGAUAAGGCUUGCUUCAAUGCGCAGUGCCAGAAUCCUUGUGUUGUCGAAGAUCCAUGCGUUGCACCUGCAAUUUGCACUGCCUUUGAUCACAAGGCCGAUUGUUCUUGUCCGCCUGGAUAUCUUGGCGACAGAAAACUAGGAUGCGAAAAGAUCGAACUUGGCUGCCAGGGCGAUUCAGACUGCCCAUCUCAGACUGCGUGCAUCAACAAGGAGUGUAUCAACCCUUGCAACGCAACAACACCGUGCGGAAUCAACGCUGAUUGCAAGGUUCUAGACACAGUUCCAGUCAGAACAAUGACCUGUGAAUGCUAUCCUGGCUACCAAGGAGACGCUGCUGUCGAAUGCACUCCCAUUCCUACCUGCCCCAUUGAUAAGGGCUUCAUUCGAGACCAGUCAGGCAACUGCAUCUGCCCACCAGGAUCUGGUCUCGACCACAACGGAGACUGCAUUCACUGUCCUUCGGUAAAGGGUAUGAAGGUGGACGAAAGAGGACGCUGCGUUUGCGACCUGGAGAGAGGCAUGGUGGUCGAUGAGAGAGGCAACUGCAUCUGCCCUGUUGAGUUUGGCUACGUUUUGGACAGGAGAGGCUAUUGUGUGAAGACUGAUACGCCUCCUCCGCCUGAGUGCGUUGUCGAUUCCGACUGCGCCGACGACAGAUACUGUGAGCAGACCACCAACACAUGCCAAGACCCUUGUGGAAUCAAGAGGUGUGGAAUCAACGCUUUGUGCAAUGCCACCAACCACAGAGCUGUUUGCCAGUGCAUCGCUGGCUACUCAGGAGACCCAGAAGUCCUUUGCAACAACACAAUUCAGUUCAGGACAGACUUCCCUCGGCCAGAGAUGGUUGUCAGCUGUCUCUCUGACGGAGUCCAAGUUGAGAUCCACAUCACAGAAAGGGGCUUCAAUGGAAUGCUGUACGUCAAGGGCCACAGCAAGGACGAGAAUUGCAGACGCUUUGUCACGUUAGACCAAGACACGUCCUCAAGGCUUGAGAUUUUCAAGGUUCAAUUCGGAAACUGUGGACUGAUGCACCAAAACGGAGAAGCCAGCUUUGUGCUUGUCAUUCAGAAACAUCCUAAGCUGGUGACAUACAAGGCUCAGGCAUACCACAUCAAGUGCGUCUACACCACAGGAGAACAGAAUGUGACCCUUGGAUUCAACGUGUCGAUGUUGACAACCGCAGGAACAAUCGCCAACACCGGUCCUCCACCAACCUGCAUCAUGAAGAUUGUUGCCCAAAACGGCCGAGAGAUCAAUGCCGCUGAAAUUGGAGACAAUCUUGCUCUGCGAGUUGAUGUCCAACCACAAAGUAUUUACGGCGGCUUCGCCAGGAGCUGCAUAGCGAAAACUAUGGAAGACAACGUUGAGAACGAGUACAUAGUGACAGACGAAAACGGCUGUGCCACAGAUCCACAGAUAUUUGGAGAAUGGGAGCAAGAUCCGGAAGGAACGGGACUGAUUGCCAGCUUUAAUGCAUUCAAGUUCCCAAGCAGCGACAACAUCAGAUUCCAAUGUAACAUCAGAGUCUGCUUUGGACGUUGCCAGCCUGUCAACUGCCAGGGUUACAACGCCUUUGGCAGAAGAAGGCGAGAGGUUGGCGACCUGAAGAACAACACCGAUGUCGCCACUCAGGAUGGAUCUGAAGGCCAGCUGAGAGAGGAAAUUACCAUCCAGUCGCAGGCAAUCCUGACCAUCGAGAGGAAGAAGGAGCGACUUGUUGACCCUGGAGAUGGUCAGUAUUUUAAAUCCUCUCCAAAGGCAUACUCAUUGAAUAUUAUUAAUCCAGGACCUGAGGCGUCUGCCCGCAUCGAGGACAUUUGCGUGUCGAUGAUUGGAUUCAUCGUGGCCCUGAUCAUCACGGCCCUGUUGGCGCUUGUGGCGGUGGCAAUCGCUGUGUCGUGCUGGCUCAUGGCAUACAGAAGACGGCCAAAGGCAUCUGGCCCGUUGCCUCACCCGCCAGAGUUCCCCAACCCUCUGUUCACGACACCAGAACCAGUGGCAGAACCAUCGCCUGAUUACCUCUCGUAAAGAUUAGAGACUCGAACCAAGAAAUGACAAUAAUGAUUUUCAAGUAUACACAAUAAUUAAUUGAAAGCUCCAAACAGAAUCGUACAUGACUGAAAAUAGAGGAAUAGAAAAUGUUAAGACAAAUUUUUGAAGCAGAUGAUAAAAAUUGUUAUUGUGUUGUGAAUGAGUUAUUUGUAAUAUUUUAAGCACGAAAACACGACUGCGAUCAUCAAGCGCCUAACUCUGGUAACAAGAAAGAAUUUCAAUUAAUACAGAGAUCCAGUUCGUGUUUUCGCUCACUCAUCUCCUCCGAUGGCUUUUAUUGAAUUUUCGCCACAUAUGACAAUCAGACGGGAUUUUUUUAAACUGUUUCAUCUCUCAACUAAGUGAGUGCUGGUGGUGGCUAUCUGAAACGUUUCUCAGUCUAAUAGCCCUCCGUAGAUUUUGACUAAGAAUGCACUAAAGUGCAAUUUCCAGCGCCCUUUUUGCUUCGCAAAUAAGAAAAUGAAUAAUACUCUAUAUUGCCAUAAUGAAAUGCACUCGAUUCUGGAGCAAAAAUGGGAACCAUUAACAAAGAGUCCUGUCUGAAAAAUACUGAGAGUCUGAGUGAAUGAGUCCUAUGAACUAGCCAUUGGAGGAUUUGCAAUCCACACUCUGCUGUACAUUUCUCCUCUUUUACAAUUAGGACAGAGUAUGUGCUGUGCGCAAAAGAAGGUGCAACUCUAGAAACACACAAAGGUGCCUUAUUUGAUGCUAAAAAAGCUAAAAAGUUGCUCCAGAAAUUUCUGUUAUACAUGCCGAUGACAUGAUUGUGUGUAAAUAAUGAAUUUUAACAUAAGGAGGCACAAGCAUUAUUCCCCUUUUUACAAAGAAAAUAAUAAUUUAUUGCUGAUACUGCCUCCUUCCAUGUUUUGCAUUAGAGAAGCUGUUGUAGACAAGGCAAUUUUAUUGGGAUAUAUGUGAUAAAAAUCGUAGGCAGAAUAAUGCUAAAUGCUGAAUUUUAAAAAUGACGCAGCUCACACUACAACUCAAAACAAGUCUUCCGAUUUAUUUUAUAAGACUAACAAUAUUUUGGCUCGCUAUUAAAAACACUAAACAAGUGUAAUCGUGAACAAAAAGGUAGACCCAACUGCUGUCCAAAAAGACUAGAUUGUAAGUGCUGAAAUAUGCCCAGACAGAUUCAUUUCGCACCUGAGUCUGUCCAGCUAUAUUUGCACAAAGGUCUUUUCUGAAGCUGCUUUAACAAGAAACUAAAAAAGGACGCUGACAUUGGAAGAAAAUGUAAUAUAUAAAUUUGUGUCCUAGAAGCAUUUAAUAAAAAAAAACAAAUCCAAAUUA